AUGCUGCAGAUGGUCAGGACCCUCGCCCAGUUCACAAUCGCAUUGGAAGACAUGCGAGAACUCGGGGACGCUGCGGCUGGAGAUGCGACGCUGAGCGCCCCUCCCUCCGCCGGGGGGGCCGCCGAAGAGGGGCAGGAGAAGGCCAGGUGCAGCCCCACCAGGAAUGGCACCGCCGAGGUGAUGUGUGUGCGCACGGGGGGAGGGCUGGGGAAGGGAAAAGGAAGGCGUGGAAGGGAAGAUGGCAUGACACCCACACACCCCAGAGCCUUUUUUUUGGGGGGGUGGCAAAUUGCGUCGUCGGCAAAGCAGCGUUAUGGGGCACCGCCAGGAGAAUCUCUAGCCCAGGGUGGCGGCUGCAUGCGUUGGGUUGGAUGCAGCGAACAAGAGAAUUGGAGGAAGUUCCCCGGGAGGGUUUGCCGAAAUGUCCCAGAGAUGGCUGGCGCCGUUGUUGUCGUGCCAUGGAAGUGUGUGGGGGGUGUUUCAUCACACACACAGAGAGAGAGAGAGCGCAAUAACAACAGAGGCACGAUCAGGGACGGGUGGGUUUUGAGGGUACAGCAAGGGGGAGAUGGCUUGGGGCAGGCGACGAUGGCAGGAGCAUCCUUGCCAGAAGAGGGCUCUCGGUGACGCAGUGCCAUUUCUUUCGGGUUUUAGUGUGCCACAUGGCUUGCCAAGGAGGUGGGGAAGCACCUGGUGCUGCCUCCAACAGCUGCCCACCUGUUGGGCUCUCCCCAGGUACAGCAGGUGAUUGUCCAGUACACGGAAGCACCUUGCUUCGAGAUAGGAAGAUCCACGUGGAGGGUUUGUGUGCUGGUGGGAAUGAUGUCCCCACACCUGUUUUGUUUUGCUCCAGAGAUGAGGUUGCCCUGGCAAACAUGAAAUCUGUUUUUUUAAAAAAAAUCCAAGCUAAGCCACCCUUAACUGGUAUGGGCCUUGCUGCCUUUGCAACGCAGGUUAAAGGUCAAGGGACCCCUGACCAUUAGGUCCAGUCGUGACCGACUCUGGGGUUGCGGCACUCAUCCUGCUUUAUUGGCCGAGGGAGCCGGCGUACAGCUUCCGGGUCAUGUGGCCAGCAUGACUAAGCUGCUUCUGGCGAACCAGAGCAGUGCACGGAAACACCGUUUACCUUCCCGCCAGAGCAGUACCUAUUUAUCUACUUGCACUGGCGUGCUUUCGAACUGCUAGGUGGGCAGGAGCUGGAACCGAGCAACGGGAGCUCACCCCGUGGCGGGGAUUCAAACCGCCGACCUUCUGAUUGGCAGGUCCUAGGCUCUGUGGUUUAACCCACAGGCAGUGCAGGUUAGGGUGAUCUCAAAUCCUUUCUGUAGACUUGCACUGAGAUGGGGGGGAGCCCAGGGAUGUGGGGAGCUUUUAUUUUUCCAUGCUAUCUUGACGAAAGGCAUACCCGGUUCGGCUCUUUGGCUGUUUCGGCGCUGCUUUGCUCAAGAAAGCAACCUUCAGUCAAGACGCGUGCAAUAUUUUUGUUCGUUUUGAUGCUGAAAUGUGGGGCAGGGUUGGAAUAAGCACCGGGGGCUGAAAUAGGGGGCUGGUUGGGGACGAGAAAUUCAGCACAUGACGUUUGUGAAACUUUCAAACGUUCUGGAAUUUUUCAUUAUAGCUUCCAUCACACUUCAACCAGGCCUUAGCAUUUGGGGUUGGGGGGGAGCAGAGGUUAUAGGGUUGUUUUGUUCUUGCUUCUAUUAUUAUGUAUCUCAGGUUUUUAUUUGGUACUUUUGUGCUGUGAAUAGCCCUGAAGUCUUUGGGCGAAGGAUAGUAACCAGGGCCUUCUCGGUGGUGGCACCCGCCUGUGGAACACCCUCCCACCAGAUGUCAAAGAGAAAAACAACUACCAGAGUUUUAGAAGACAUCUGAAGGCAGCCCUGUUCAGGGAAGCUUUUAAUGUUUAAUAGACUAUUGUAUUUUAGUGUUUCGUUGGAAGCUGUCCAGAGUGGCUGGGGAAACCAAGAGAGAUGGGCAGGGUAUAAAUAAUAAAUUAUUAUAAUAUUCAAUAAAUGAAAUCCUGCCUAAGGUGACCACGCCAGCCUUCACUUGGUGCCCUUUAGACUACAACUCCCAUCAGUGUGGGCGGACUCUGGCUUGCACCAAAGAGCAAACUGAAGGAUAAACAAGCCUGUGGGGUUCUCGUUUCCAGGCUCUUGAACGUGUUAUUCUGGCACUUAAGAGUUUGAACUGAAUGAUGCCCUGAAGGGCAUCUUCAUCUGCCCCGGCGCCGUCUCCCCAGGCUGACUCAUUGCCUGGUUUUUUGCCAGGGAUUCCACAAACGGCAGGCAUCGAAUUGGAUUGAUUUCAUCUUUAUCAUAGAAGGCUUCUCCGCGACCGCACAAACAGGGCGCUUGGAUUAGCCUCACCAGGAACGGUGGAGUUGAGUUGCAAAGAGAUGCCCACAGCUCAGACCCCAGGGCAGUCUUUUGGCAUGAAAAAGUUGUUAAUUAUUAUUAUUAUUAUUAUUAUUAUUAUUAUUAUUAUUAUUAUUAUUUGUUCCCCAGCCACUCUGGGCGGCUUCCAUCGAAGAUUAAAAAUACAUUAAAAUGUCACACAUUAAAAACUUCCCAGAACAGGGCUGCCUUCAGAUGUCUUCUAAAUGUCAGGUAGUUGUUGUUCUUUUUGACAUCUGAUGGGAGGGUGUUCCACAGGGCGGGAGCCACUACUGAGAAGGCCCUCUGCCUGGCUCCCUGUAGCUUUGCUUCUCACAAUGAGGGAACCACCAGAAGGCCCUCGGAGCUGGACCUCAGUGUCCGGGCUUAACGAUGGAGGUGGAGACACUCCUUCAGAUAUACUGGGCCGAGGCCAUUUACGGGUUCAAAGGUCAGCACCAACACUCUGAAUUGUGCUCAGAAACGUACUGGGAGCCAAUGUAGGACUUUCAAGACCGGUGUUAUGUGGUCUUGGUGGCCACCCCCAGUCACCAGUCUAGCUGCCGCAUUCUGGAUUAGUAGUAGUUUCUGGGUCGCCUUCAAAGGCAGCCCCACGUAGAGCGCAUUGCAGUAGUCCAAGCGAGAGAUAACCAGAGCAUGCACCACUCUGGCGAGACAGUCUGUGGGCAGGGAGGGUCUCAUCCUGUGUACCAAAUGGAGCUGGUAGACAGCUGCCCUGGAUACAGAAUUGACCUGCGCCUCCAUGGACAGCUGUGAGUCCAGAAUGACUCCCAGACUGCGCACCUGGUCCUUCAGGGGCACAGUUACCCCAUUCAGGACAAGGGAGUCCCCCACACCAGCCCACCCCCUGUUUCCCCAAAACAGUACUUCUGUCUUGUCAGGAUUCAACCUCAAUACCAACCUGUGGUCUGUUUGGAACGUUAUGGAAUCAACAAAUUGUAGAGUUGGAAGGGACCCCAAGGGAAUCUCAAUGAAACCAUCCGUGACAGAUGGCCACGCAACCUCUGCUUAAAAGCCUCCAAGGAAGAAAUGUGAAUUUUUGUUACUAGCUCUAUAUUGUUGAUAGCGGCUAGCGGUAUCUCUCUGGGGUUUUAGAUGGGGGGCAUUCCUGGCCCUACCUAGUGAUUCCAGAGAUUGAAUAUGCAGGCUUCUGCACGCCUGGUCCUUCUUUUGAAACACCAGGGAAUUAAUGCGGAGACCGUGGUUGGAAUGUUUUAUGGAACCAUGGUUUUGGAAACUGCAAACCAUGGUUAUAUGUGACCCCUGUCCAGCAGCUGAACUGGGCUUUGUUUCCUGCCAGCAAACCACAAUCCGUUGGCUUAUGAGCCUGGGCUUCUUCCCGGUAUUUUGGGGUUCACUUAGCCUUGUCCCCACCCCCUUAGGGUCUCCGCUGCCGAAUGCGUUCUCUCCUCCAGGUUGGGAGAGCGAGAAACACGCGUCCGUUUGCUCGUAGCGACGAAAAGGAAGUCCACAAACUUUGGAGAUUACCGUAUUUUUCGCUCCAUAAGACGCACCAGACCGUAAGACACACCUAGUUUUUGGAGGAGGAAAACAAGAGAAAAAAUAUUCUGAAUCCCAGAAGCCAGAACAGCAAGAGGGAUCUGGCUUCUGGGAUACCGUGUGGCUGUUCUGGCUUCUGGGAUAGCCGCGCGAAGCCUCUCCCGGGCAGCUGGAGGAAGUCUCCCCCAAGAGCCGCCCUCCCUUUAAAGAGCGCACAGAGCGCGUGCGGCUCUUGGGGGCUUUUCCCCGAGGAGGGAGAAGGGCAGCUGUGCUGGUCCCAAGGGUUAACCGUGCGGCGAGGUCCGAGUCCAGUCUGAGGUCGAGGGUGCGGUAUGGAGGCUGUCCGUCAAAGCUGAAGCUGGGUCCAAGGUAGGGAGUCGGGUGAGGCCAGGAACUCUGGCAGAAGAGCAGGACAGGUUGCCAGCAGGAACAGGCUACCAACAAUGUUGCUCCCGCAACCUGGGACUGCGGCUGGCUGGCUUUUAUCUGCCCCGAGGCAUAGGGUGACCCCGGUCCACAGGUGAUUCGCCUCUCCUGGCCUGGAGACGAGCACUCCUCCUGCGGGAACUUAGUUCCCUCUGCCUCUCUGCCCUGAGCCUCUGCAGCUCAGGAGAGGCUGGAGGGUGACCGGACCCAGAGGCAACCUCAGCUUCCUCUGACGGGGCUGAGAGUGGAGCACCUGCAGGCAAUGGGUCCUCCAUCACCUCAGGAGCCAGAGCAGACUCAGCUGGUGCCUGCACCUGAGGAUCCAGCACAGGUGAGAACCCUUCAGGCUCAGGUCCCAGCCCCGGCUCAGCUGGUUCUGGAGGCGGGGACUCCUGUGCAGGCUGGGAUUCCUCAGGUUCAGCCUCCGAGUCCGAAUCCCAGGCCAUCACAGCAGCCCUUCUCCCUCCUCGAGGAAAAGCCCCCAAGAGCUGCACACACGCUCCACGCUGCUCUUUAAAGGGAGCGCUGAGCAGAGCCUCCCACCUGCAUUCGCUCCAUAAGACGCACACACAUUUCCCCUUACUUUUUAAGAGGGUGAAAGUGCGUCUUAUAGAGCGAAAAAUACGGUAAGUGUUUCACACUCUACUGACUGAGCUAUCCAGGAGUUGCAUUUUGGGACAAAGAAACCCCCUGCUGGGGUAUCUGUUUGGCACGCAAGGAACCUCCUUAUUUGGCUGAAGGAUUGGCUUAAUUGUGUCCAUCGGGUCAUGCAUAAUGGGAUGGAUGUUGCUUAGGGCAACUGCCUCUUCAGAGACGCUCUUCCGCCAGAGCUGGAGGCAGAGGUGCUUCUGAGUACCAGUUCCUGGAAACCUCAGGAGGGGGCGAGAGUUGGUCUUGCGUUCGAAUCCUGCUCGCCGGUUUCCCAAAAGAGGCAUCUGGUCGGCCGCGGUGAGGACGUUGGCCUCAUCCGGAAGGCUCAUCCUGUGCACUCAUAAAUGUUGCCUUUCUCGUGCAUGAUGUGUUUUCCGCGGCUACAGUGUGAGAUCCUUCCCACCUCCCUCAGCUCACGAUUAGAUCUUGUUGUUCUUCCCAUCCGCCCAGGCUAAAAAAGCUGCUGUUUUACUGUGGAUUACUGGUACAGAUAAAGGGUUGUGUGAAAUCAGAUUCCCGGUCUGUGUGUAUGUGAGAGAGACAGAGAGAAAUCAAACAGUGUAGCUCCAUAGUCUUCUGUUUUGCUGGUGGUUUUAUUCCAGAUUAAGAAUUCAAUCCUAAACAUUCAUAUGACCUUGGAAGCAAAGCCCUAUUAAAAUAAUUGAAGUGAUGCAGUCUCUGUGGUUUCGCCCUCCGCCGAGUUUGCGAUUCCUCUCCCCCGCUUCCCAGCUUUUGUUUCCCAUCUGGUGGAGAGUUUCUGAAGAACUCCAAAUCCUUGGGAGCAAUUCGUGUGACGUUCCGUUUAAUUGUUUCUUUGAUUCCGCUUAAGAGUCGCUUCCCAUAAGCAUAAGAACAUCAACGUUAAAAACAAUUCCCUAUGUGAAAACAAUUUCAAAUCCAGGUACCAAGGCAGGCUGGGAUAAAGAUCUGUAUUUAGAAGGCUUGUUGAAAAGCAAAGGUCUUUGAUAGCCGAUAGAUUCUGCGCCUGUCGAACACGUAUAACAAUAAUAUAAUAAUCAUAAUUUAUUACAGUGGUACCUCGGGUUACAUACACUUCAGGUUACAGACUCCGCUAACCCAGAAAUAGUGCUUCAGGUUAAGAACUUUCUUCAGGAUGAGAACAGAAAUCGUGCUCCGGCGGUGCGGCAACAGUGGGAGGCCCCAUUAGCUAAAGUGGUGCUUCAGGUUAAGAACAGUUUCAGGUUAAGAAUGGACCUCCGGAGAGAAUUAAGUACUUAACCCGAGGUACCGAGGUUUCCCCAGCCACUCUGGGCAGCUUCCAACCGAAUAUUAAAAACACAAUACAGCAUUAAAUAUUAAAUAAAUACAGCAUUAAAUAUUAAAUAUUAAAAACUUCCCUAAACAGAGCUGCCUUCAGAUGUCUUUUAAAAAUAAGAUGGUUGCUUAUUUCCUUGACAUCUGAUGGGAGGGCAUUCCACAGAACAGGUGCCACUACCAAGAAGGCCCUCUGCCUGGUUCCCUGUAACCUCACUUCUCACAGGGAGGGAACCGCCAGAAGGCCCUCGGAGCUGGACCUCAGUGUCCGGGCUGAACGAUGGGGGUGGAGACGCUCCUUCAGGUCUACUGGGCCGAGGCCGUUUAGGGCUUUCAAGGUCAGCACCAACACUUUGAAUUGUGCUCAGAAACAUACUGGGAGCCAAUGAGGAUCUCUCAGGACCGGUGUUAUGUGGUCCCGGCGGCCACUCCCAGUCACCAGUCUAGCUGCCGCAUUCUGGAUUAAUUGUAGUUUCCGGGUCACCUUCAAAGGUAGCCUCACAUAGAGCGCAUUGUAGUAGUCCAAGCAGGAGAUAACCAGAGCGUGCACCACUCUGGCGAGAUGGUCUGUGGGCAGGGAGGGUCUCAGGCGGGAGUUCCACUGUGCAGGUGCCACCACACUAUAGACCUGAGUCCUGCAUCACACAGAGAAGACCUCCUAAUAAGAUGGUCUCUGCACGAGAUGCUCACCUGCAGUGCUGCCCAGUGAUUGGUUGGGUGCUGAUAAUGAUAAUCAGGGCGGUGUACAACAUUUAAGAAAGGUUUUACAGAGUAUAAUAAAAACACAGUACACAGCAUAAUAAUACACAGCAUAAUAAAAAUAAAAAUAAUCUUAAUAACCAUGUCCUACACCGCCAUAGAUUAUCUAAAGACGUGCACAAAGAGGAACGUUUCUGCCUUCUGUCUAAAGGCAUGUAAUGAUGGUGCCAGGCGAGCCUCUCUGGGGAGAGCAUUCCACAAUUGGGGAGCCACCACUGAAAAGGCCUUUUCCCAUGUUGCCACCCUCCGUAUCUCUCAGGGAGGGGGGGACACAGAGAAGGGCCUCGGAUGACAAGCACAGGGACUGGGCCUGUUCAUAUAGGUCCGCGGUUCUCAACCUGUGGGUCCCCAGAUCUUAUUGGACUACAACUCCCAUCAUCCCUGAGCUCUGGCCUUGCUAGCUAGGGGUGAUGGGAGUUGUAGUUCAACAACAUCUGGGGACCCACAGGUUGAGAAAGGCUGGUAUAGGGAGAGGUGGUAAAGGCACUGAGGUCCUGAGCUGUUUAAGGUUUUGUAGGUCAGCGCCAGCACUUUGAGUUGGGCCCAGAGACUAAUUGGCAGUUGGGACAAGAUCCAUGUAAUAAGCUCAAACUGUGUUGUUCUUUGGGACACAGGUGACGCUGUGGGUUAAACCACAGAGCCUAGGACUUGCCGAUCAGAAGGUUGGCGGUUCGAAUCCCCGCGACGGGGUGAGCUCCUGUUGCUCGGUCCCUACUCCUGCCAACCUAGCAGUUCGAAAGCACGUCAAAGUGCAAGUAGAUACAUAGGUACCGCUCUGGCGGGAAGGUAAACAGUGUUUCCAUGCGCUGCUCUGGUUCGCCAGAAGCGGCUUAGUCAUGCUGGCCACAUGACCCGGAAGCUGUAUGCCGGCUCCCUUGGCCGAUAAAGCGAGAUGAGCGCCGCAACCCCAGAGUCCACCACAACUGGACCUAAUGGUCAGGGGUCCCUUUACCUUUGUGUUGUUCUUUGCACCAGCUGAAAUUUCUGAACCAUCUUCAGAAGCAGUCCCAUGUCUCACUCCUUGCAGCCACCCAGAGAAGGAAGGGGUGAGGCAAUUUUGAAAUUAGCUGCGUUCCCCGAAUAGGGAUUUGGAUACCAGUUGGACCACCUUGUCAGCAAAUAGGGUCAGGAAUUAAGCUGGAAGAUGUUCUGGGAGUCCGCCGUCUUGGCAAGUUCCUGCUUGAAAUGACCCUGCCUGGGACUUAACCAUCUCCUGAUUUCACGCUUAUCCGAAUGUUGCAACGCAGAAUGUCGCUUGGCAGUUCGAUGAAGUAUUUAAAGACUUAGCUUGCAAUGGAUUUUUAAAAAAUCACAAGUUUGCAGAUUAAGGCAGAAACCAAGCAGAGCAUGCAUGUUCAUGCCUAGCAUGUGGGCUCACUAACCUCAAUGUUGCCACUUCCAAAUUCUGACAGGUCUAAGGAGGGGCGCAUUAGCUUCCGAGAAGCCCUAAAGCAGAGAUGGCGGAACCUGUGGCUCUCCAGAUGUGUAGUUUUUUUUUACCCCAUCAUCCUUGGCCAUUGGCAAUGCUAGGUAAAGGUAAAGGGACCCCUGACCAUUAGGUCCAGUCAUAGCCCGACUGGGGUUGCGGCGCUCAUCUUGCUUUAUUGGCCGAGGGAGCUGGCGAACAGCUUCCGGGUCAUGUGGCCAGCAUGACCAAGCCGCUUGUGGCGCACCAGAGCAGCGCACGGAAACGCCGUUUAUCUUCCCGCCGGAGUGGUACCUAUUUAUCUACUUGCACUUUGACAUGCUUUCGAACUGCUAGGUUGGCAGGAGCAGGGACAGAGCAACGGGGGCUCACCCCGUCGCGGGGAUUCGAACCACCGACUUUCUGAUUGGCAAUCUCUAGGCUCUGUGAUUUGCACCACUCGCAUCCCAAAAAGUAGUAUAGGUAAAGGUAAAGGGACCCCUGACCACUAGGUCCAGUCGUGACCGACUCUGGGGUUGCGGCGCUCAUCUCGCUUUAUUGGACGAGGGAGCCGGCGUACAGCUUCCGGGUCAUGUGGCCAGCAUGACUAGGCCACUUCUGGCGAACCAGAGCAGCGCACGGAAACGCUGUUUACCUUCCCACCGGAGUGGUACCUAUUUAUCUACUUGCACUUGGACGUGCUUUCGAACUGCUAGGUUGGCAGGAACAGGGACCGAGCAACGGAAGCUCACCCCGUUGCGGGGAUUCGAACCGCCAACCUUCUGAUCGGCAAGUCCUAGGCUUUGUGGUUUAACCCACAGCACCACCCGCGUUCCACUGGCAAUGCUAGCUGGAGUCUAUCUCUACAGCAUCUAAAAAUACAGUUUGGAAAUUGCUGUUGUAAAGCAUAGCUGGGGUUAUGACUCUGCAAGUAUUUUUCUGAGCAUGCUUCCCGCCCACUCACUCCAAAAUAUUCCACAUUGCUACCUUUGCUCCAAGCAGGCUGGGAAGGGCCCGCCCUCAGCCAAAAACGCCCUGCAUCCUUUAAGAGGACGAGGAGCACCAAAAUAGCCUCGCUGCCCAAGACUGAGCUUUCCAGGCACAUUCCGAGAGCCAUUUUGCAGCCUUCGCCUCCUGCUUGCUUUUGCAGUCGCCAGAUAACGGGAACUGCCUGGAAAUGAGUUGCUUGACAAGAACCAUAGAAACGCAAGGCGAGUCCCGCUGGGUUGUCGCCACGGAGGAGAGAACCUGUUUCUUUCAGUUUCUCGUUUUCCCAGGCUUCAGUGCAGUUCUCCUCAUCGGUUUUCUGUUUUUUACAAAAAUCACUGUGAAAAUUCUUGAAAGACCUACAUUGGCUCCCAGUACGUUUCCGAGCACAAUUCAAAGUGUUGGUGCUGACCUUGGAAGCCCUAAAUGGCCUCGGUCCAGUAUACCUGAAAGAGCGUCUCCACCCCCAUCGUUCAGCCCGGACACCGAGGUCCAGCUCCGAGGGCCUUCUUGCAGUUCCCUCCCUGCGAGAAGUGAGGUUGCAGGGAACCAGGCAGAGGGCCUUCUCAGUAGUGGCACCUGCCCUGUGAAACGCCCUCCCACCAGAUGUGAAGGAAAUAAGCAGCUAUCCUAUCUUUAAAAGACAUCUGAAGACAGCCCUGUUUAGGGAAGUUUUUAAUGUUUGAUGUUUUAGCGUGUUUUCAAUAUUCUGUUGGGAGUCACGCAGAGUGGCUGGGGAAACCCAGCCAGAUGGGCAGGCUAUUGUUAUUGUUAUAGUUAUUGUUAUUGUUAUUGUUAUUGUUAUAGCAAGAGCAAAGCCACAUGGAUCUUAUUGUUUGCUUAUCUUUGCUGAUCAGAAUCUCCCUGCCUUGGCAGGGAAGCUUAAUUGUUAUGCUAGCCAGAGGCAUGAGGCGUGUGCCUGCAGAAAGCAGCUUUUACUGCAAAGUAAAGCCUUUACUCAGGAGGGGCUUACGCCUUGCAGAUCAGGCAGGCAGGAAAAGGCCAUUUACUUUGCAGUAAAGGCUUUACUUUGCAAUAAAAUGCUGCUUCCUGGUCUGCCGGUUCUGCAUGGCCAGUUGGGCAGUACAUUCUCGAUAUAGUACAGGGUGAAAAAAUAUGAAACCUUUUUCUUGGUCUGGAGUUCACACCGAUAGGAGACAAAUCAUUGAUAUAUCACCCACGCCUACUCUUGACACAUUACUGCUAUUCCGACUCCGGUGACUCAAAGCAGCCGCAGCAGUGCUGCAGACAAGAUUUCUGCUUCAGAAAGCGCUUAAUCCAGUAAUUAUGUCCAAUUAGCCCCAUGGUAAACAUGCCAUGGAAGCCUUCUAGCAAGUACCAGGCAGGAGCUAAAAUUUCCAUUCCCAGCAUCUCCCAUAAGGCCUGGCAAAGGUUCCCUUCUUGGAACCCAGAGAGCAGCUGCCAGCCUGUGUAGGCGGCACUUCCCCCAACCUGAUGUCCUCCAGAUAGUUUGGCUCCAUGCCGGCCAGGGGCUGAUGGGAGUUCAUCCAAAACAUCUGGAGGUCUCCAGGUUGGGGGGAACCUCAGGUUACAUACGCUCCAGGUUACAGACUCUGCUAACCCAGAAAUAGUGCUUCAGGUUAAGAACUUUGCUUCAGGAUGAGAACAGAAAUCGCGAGGUGGCAGCGGAAGGCCCCAUUAGCUAAAGUGGUACCUCAGGUUAAGAACAGUUUCAGGUUAAGAACGGACCUCCGGAAUGAAUUAAGUACUUAACCUGAGGUACCACUGUAAAUAAAUAAACUCUAAAUGGAGUUGUGUCAUGGGAUAUUUCUGGUUCGCGACUCGCGUUUGCUUCCUUUGCCUUCAAUUAUUUCCCACUCCGUGAGCAGAGUGUAAUUGAGGGGAAGGAAAGAGUUGUGGUAGAGGAGGAGGAAAGAAGCAAAGGCCAAACCUUUUGAACCAAGAGAGGGAUGAAUGGCAGGCGCCCCGUGUCUCAUUCUGAACAUUUGCACCUCCACUGCUCCUUACGAUAAGGUUACCAGAUUUUUUCCCCAAUGAAUCUGGGGACACUUUUCGACUUCAGUGGAUUUUGUAUGGGGGCUGAUUUGUAAAUCUGGGGACUGUCCCCAGGAAAUGGGGACGUCUGCUAACCUUGUUGUUGUUGUUUAGUCGUGUCCGACUCUUCGUGACCCCCUGGACCAGAGCACGCCAGGCACUCCUGUCUUCCACUGCCUCCCGCACUUUGGUCAAACUCAUGCUGGUAGCUUCGAGAACACUGUCCAACCAUCUCGUCCUCUGCCGUCCCCUUCUCCUUGUGCCCUCCAUCUUUCCCAACAUCAGGGUCUUUUCCAGGGAGUCUUCUCUUCUCAUGAAGUGGCCAAAGUAUUGGAGCCUCAGCUUCAGGAUCUGUCCUUCCAGUGAGCACUCAGGGCUGAUUUCCUUAGGAAUGGAGAGGUUUGAUCUUCUUGCAGUCCGUGGGACUCUCCAGAGUCUCCUCCAGCACCAGAAUUCAAAAGCAUCCAUUCUUCGGCGAUCAGCCUUCUUUAUGGUCCAGCUCUCACUUCCAUACAUCACUACUGGGAAAACCAUGGCUUUAACUAUACAGACCUUUGUUGGCAAGGUGAUGUCUCUGCUUUUUAAGAUUCUGUCUAGGUUUGUCAUUGCUUUUCUCUCAAGAAGCAGGCGUCUUUUAAUUUCGUGACUGCUGUCACCACCUGCAGUGAUCAUGGAGCCCAAGAAAGUAAAAUCUCUCACUGCCUCCAUUUCUUCCCCUUCUAUUUGCCAGGAGGUGAUGGGCCCAGUGGCCAUGAUCUUCAUUUUUUUGAUGUUGAGCUUCAGACCAUAUUUUGCACUCUCCUCUUUCACCCUCAUUAAGAGGUUCUUUAAUUCCUCCUCACUUUCUGCCAUCAAGGUUGUGUCAUCUGCAUAUCUGAGGUUGUUGAUAUUUCUUCUGGACCUUUAUUGGCAAGGUGAUAUCUCUGCUUUUCAAGAUGCUGUGUAGGUUUAACCUUACCUUAUGACAAACGGAUACUCAGCCCCCCACCUAAGGUCUGUUUCAACAACAUGUCCAGUGCUAUUCAGGAGAGUCUUGCAAGGGUCCUGAUCCAGAUUUAAUAGCUGUUCAUGAAAGUUUAGGGCUCUGUUGUUGGCAUCUGUCUCGAGAGACAAUGGAGUCCGCCUCUGGGGGUGAAGGCAAACUGCUGCUGCCUUAAGCAGCACCGAAGUGAUCUGGAGUGGGUCUGGAGGUCCUGGGCUGCCCAGACGACAAGACCCCCCUCUCAGCCUCUCGGAUGUGGUCCAAAGGAAAGCAGAGCAAGAAGUUUGGCACCAGCUUGGCUGCAGGAGAUGCCAGAAGGUGUACAAGGCGCCAUCCAACUGCCUUAGGGACUCCGCUCCAAAUUCAUGUAGGGUUAACUCUUUAGCCUUUUCUUCUCCCAAAGAUGUCCCGCAUGGCUUAGGAUCAGAGUUUUCCUUCUCCUAGGUGGGCUCCCUUCCCAGGUGGACGAGCCCCAUUUCCCCCUCACUUCCCUCUAUAGCAUGUUCAGAAAUCCCCUUCUUGACCCUAGAUUCGGGUAGGUAGCCAUGUUGGUCUGUCGCAGUCAAAAUAAAUUAAAAAAUUAAAAACUUGUCAAGUAGCACCUUAGAGACAAGUUUUUAAUUUUUUUAAUUUAGAGAAGAAAUUUUUAAAUUUCUUCCUUAGAGAAGUUUGUUCUGGGUGUAAGCUUUCAUGUAUCUGAAGAAGUGUUCAUGCACACGAAAGCUUAUACCCAAAACAAACUUAGUUGGUCUCUAAGGUGCUACUGGACAAGUUUUUAAUUUUUUAAUUUAUUUGCCCUUCUUGACCAUUGGACCCACUCUUGGUCUCAUCCACUCCAUCUGCCAGAGCCUGUUUUCACAUGCAGGGGAAGUCUAUAUAGCGGUGUCCUUGAUGAAUAUUCCAAAAAGUUUUUAUAAAAUAGUUCUGAGGUGAUUUGGGAUGGCCCAUUUCUGUUUCUCUCAGUUUCUCAUUUUUCCAAUCAUUCCCUGCAUUGCCCACAAGUUUGCAAUUCUCUUUGUUUGUUUGUUUAAGUUCUUGUGAAAAUUAGUCAGCAUUUAGUGCACAUUUUUCCUUACGUACACAUUUUGCCAUCGGCUCCCCCUGAUAUAGUGCAUUUUUGCAUAGCCUUUUCACUAAUACAUGCAAUUUCAUCCAUACUUUAUCCUGUGUUUUUGGGCACGUUAUCUGGCUGGAAAGAUCCAUCGCCCAAUUCGGAGAACUGAAAAUGGGUGGCUGCGUUUCGGUUUGUGUACCAUUUCAGAAACAGGUAGAUUUGCCCUUCAAAUGUGAAUUUAGUUGAAUUUGAAGUUAUGAAAGGUGAAGUUGAGUCAUCUAGCCAUGAUUCCUGCAUUGGAGGAGGUUCGGCUAGAUGACUCUUGGGGUCUCUUCGAACUCUACGAUUCUAGGAUGCUGCAGCUAGUCUGGUGACUGUGAGCUGCUGCCGAGACCACAUAACAUCGGUCCUGAAAGACCUACAUUGGCUCCCAGUACGUUUCUGAGCCCAAGUCAAAGUGUUGGUGCUGACCUUAAAAGCCCUAAACGGCCUCAACCCAGUAGACCUGAAGGAGCGUCUCCACCUCCAUCGUUCUGCCCGGACACUGAGGUCCAGCUCCGAGGGCCUUCUGGCAGUUCCCUCACUGCGAGAAGCCAAGUGACAGGGAACCAGGCAGAGGGCCUUCUCAGUAGUGGCGCCUGCCCUGUGGAACGUCCUCCCAUCUGAUGUCCAGGAAAUAAACAACUAUAUGACAUUUAGAAGACAUCUGAAGGCAGCUCUGUUUAGGGAAGUUUUUAAUGUAUUUUUAAUCUUUUGCUGGAAGCCGCUCAGAGUGGCUGGGAAAACCCAGCCAGAUGGGCGGGGUAGAAGUAAUAAAUUACAGUGGUACCUUGGGAUAAGAACUUAAUUCGUUCUGGAGGUCCGUUCUUAACCUGAAACUGUUCUUAAACUGAGGUACCACUUUAGCUAAUGGGGCCUCCCGCUGCUGCCACGGCACGAUUUCUGUUCUCAUCCUGAAGCAAAGUCCUUAACCCAAGGUAUUAUUUCUGGGUUAGCGGAGUCUGUAACCUGAAGCGUCUGUAACCAGAAGCAUCUGUAACCCGAGAUACCACUCUAUUAUCAUAUUAUUAUUAGGACUUGCCCUGCCAAACCAAAAAGGCCUUCUCACCUGAAAUAUACCUGACUCGUGUUCUUAAAGCCAAGUUUGCUUUCUGCCGUAACCCUCAGUCUGCAAACCUGACAACUGAGGAUGCUAAAAUCUGGAACCCGAAGCUCACUGGUGUCUCCCCCCCACCCUUCACAAAGGCUGUUUUGCUCUGCUAGCGCAACCCACCUAAAAGCUGCGUUUGGCGGAAGGAGAAGGCGUUCGCCUUGUGUUCUAACGCCCCCCGCGUGCUUCUGUGGCCUUCUGCACGGGAUUUCAGCUUCUGCCAAUAACAAAACCCCAUGUUCUCUACCCUCAGCCAACGCUGUCAUUGCAGCUGAUGUCCCAAUGCCUAAGUGACUGUUUUAUCGGACUGGGGUAGUCACAGCAGCUGGUGUGAAUCGCUAUCUGUGGCACAGAAGGGGGGGCGCAGAGACGGAAUAGCUUUGGGGGCCGGUCAGAGGAAAGAUGCUUUCUCAACUCUUGCAGCUUGGAGGUUGAAAUCUUUGGGAAUCCUAGGUUUCAGGCAUUUUGGCAGAAGAAGUUUGUAGCCGUCGCAGAGGUGAGCUUGAGUACAAGGUGGCAGAAAUUUGCAUUUUUGCUGGGUUUAGUAUCAAGCGACAUCCCUAAGAAUAAAAGGCACGUAUUCCUUUACGCAACCGCGGCAGCCAGAAUUGUAGUGGCGACAAAUUGGAAAACUGAUAAAAUACCAGAAUUAUUAGACUGGAGAACCAAACUUCUUGAAUCCACGGAGAUGGCAAAACUAACAGCAUCAAUCAGAGGUUACUCCCAAUCAAAAAAAUUAAUAAAGAAUGGGAAUGCGUUAAGGAAUACAUGGAAAAAGUGGCUGCAGGAGCUUAAAAAUUAAUAUGCAAAAGUAUAAAAGGCGCAAGGAGAUAGGAUAAUACAUUAAGGAUGGAAUAACAAAUAGAGGGAGUAACGCGACAAUAACAAAAAUAAUAGUAGGCCAAGAACACAGGUGGAGUGAAGUAUUGGGUUGUGGGGGAGGGAGGUGAAGGGAUUAAUUGAAAUUGUUAAAGAUUGGUAUAGGAUUUAAGAGAUUUAAAUUUCCAUAAAGAUUCUAUAAGGAAAGCAGUUCUUUAAAAAAGAAAGAAAGAAAGAAAGAAAUUUGCAGUGUGGUCCUCAUUGGUGCUAGGCAGGGAUGCCCUCUUCAGAUGUGGUCGCCCUCAGCCAAAGAAUCGUGGGCUGGGUACCAUUUUGCCCAGGACAUGAAGCGAGGCAGUAGAGAUGAUGGAGGCACACACACAAAGACCGCCUUGCAAAAAUCUGUAGCCGGUUUAUUUAAAUACAGUCGUACCUCGGAAAUCGAACAGAAUCCGUUCCUGAAGUCCGUUCGACUUCUGAAACAUUCAGAAACCAAAGCGCAGCUUCCGAUUGGCUGCAGGAAGCUCCUGCAGCCAAUCAGAAGCUCCGUCGGACAUUCGACUUCCAAAAGAACGUUUGAAAACCAGAACAUUCACUUCCGGUUUUCGAUCCUUCAGGAGCUGGACCGUUCGACUCCCAAGGCGUUCAGGAGCCGAGGUACGGCUGUACUGCAUUUGCUACCGAUAACCUCUGUGCUCAGAGUGGUUUGCAAAAUAAAAUAAAAUUUAAAAGGUAAAGGUAAAGGGACCCCUGACCAUUAGGUCCAGUUGUGGCCAACUCUGGGGUUGCAGUGCUCAUCUCGCUUCAUUGGCCGAGGGAGCUGGCGUACAGCUUCCAGUUCAUGUGGCCAGCAUGACUAAGCCGCUUCUGGCGAACCAGAGCAGCGCACGGAAACGCCGUUUACCUUCCCUCCGGAACGGUACCUAUUUAUCUACUUGCACUUUCGAGCUGCUAGGUUGGCAGGAGCAGGGACCGAGCAACGGGAACUCACCCCAUCGCGGGGAUUCGAACCGCCGACCUUCUGAUCGGCAAGACCUAGGCUCUGUGGUUUAACCCACAGCGCCACCCGUAGCAAAUGUAAUAAUUCAGUUAACGGUUCUCCCCACUUUUCUGGGCACACUUGCAAUGUAAUAGGGACCAUACCAGCACUACAGCUGCACAUGUAAAAAGACACAUACUUGUGCGUUCCUUUUCCUUUCUCCCCACCAGAAUUCAUGCUUGAAAAUGAUGUUUUUUCUUUCUUUCUUUUCCUUUUUUUAAGCCUAGUUGGGAAGAAGGUGUGAUAUUCUUGGAGAGUACAGCCGCGGAGGCAACAGCCGUCGCUGCUGUUGCUAUAAAAUAAUAAUCGUCAUAGAUUCACGCACAGCCUAAUGCCAACGAAGGCUGCUGUUUCUAAGACCAGCACCGCAAGCGUUAAAAUAAACAUUCAUAAUUCAAAUGCCCAUUCGAAACAUAGAAGCACCCAUCAUUAAUUAAAUAAAGCAAUUUCCUUGAAGCAGCAGGUGGGGGUCCAGAAUAAUAUGGGAGGGGGUCGCUGGCAGUUUCAGAAAGGUCCACAUCUGGGUAGAGAAGGCAGGGCAUUAGCCAGACCUUUCUGUAGGAAACGGAAGGAAUUUAUUUAUUUGUCAUAGUUAUCGGUUAAUCCUCUCCCGCCCCCCCCUUCCUAGUCCUGAUUUGAGCAAGAGGAAGGGAGAUACGACCCUGCAGUGUGGCAGACUGUUUUGGCGCAGAGGAAUGGUGGGUGGCGCCAGCUGGGGGACCCCAAGAGAAGAAGGCUCAGAGCCCGGGGAUUGGUGGUGGGGCGACGAUGAGGGGUCAGAGGGAGAAGAGGGAGCAGCCUGGGAGGAGGAGGUGUCAGAAGAUGGAGAGGGAAUGAAAUAUGCUCGGAGUCGAGAGUGGAUUUCAUGUUCUUUAUUCAGCUCAUAGUAGUGAGGAGGAAUGAAAGUCCCCUCAAAGUAUCUGAUCUUAUAUACAUUACUUACACAAUGGGCCCCACGUGAUUGGCUAAUUCUGGAAUUCUCCUGUAGGCCAAUCAGGUUGUGGAUUCACUUCCAUCUGGAGCUGGAUUGGGUGGCUCCUGCGGACCAAUCAUACUGCUGCAUUGUUCUAGGACCAAUCAGACUGCUGCAUUUUGGAUCCUAUUGUUCUAGGACCAAUCAGACUGCUGCAGUUUGGAUCCUAUUCAACUCAGUACAUAACAGGGUAUCAGGGCUUUGUGAGCGGGGAGAUUCUGUGGCAAAGAGAAGUCCGGAAUCAGAGACAGAAGCCGAAGUAGGAGAGGAGGGAGGAGAAGGAAGUCGAAGAAAACGUUUAUUUCUGUUCAGACGUAAUUUUUGUUGUAAAAAAAUCGGGAAACGAAAAAUUGGUAAAAUAAAAUAAAAUAAAAACCAACCCCUCUGGAUGGUUGGAGAGAGUGAGGGGCAUUGCUUGGUUUGAGCAUAUACCCCAUCACAGGUGAUUUCUAAGAGGGAUUAUGGAACAACGUCACUUUGAUGUUGUGUGGCUCCCGUUUAUAUGCUUUAUAAGUAAAAAUAGUGCACUGCCUAGACACACACACCCCUGCCAGCAGCAAUGCCCCUAUGUGGCGAGGUUACCUUAUCAAUAUGUGACUCUCAAUUCCUUCCAGAACCUAUUUUAUUAGAAUGAUCACAAGGGUCAACUGAACUUUCUGUUUAUUCUAUCCUAACCACAUACGCUGCACACAGUUGUCCUUUUUUUGUUUCUUUAUUGUUUCUCUUGUUUGUAUGUGGCAUUUUGAAAACAUAAUAAACACAUCUUUUAAUCAUCAUCAUCAUAAUAAUACAGUGGCACCUCGGGUUACAUACGCUUCGGGUUACAGACUCCGCUAACCCAGAAAUAGUACCUUGGGUUAAGAACUUUGCUUCAGGAUGAGAACAGAAAUCGUGCUCCAGCGGCACGGCGGCAGCAGGAGGCCCCAUUAGCUAAAGUGGUACCUCAGGUUAAGAACAGUUUCAGGUUAAGUACGGACCUCCGGAACGAAUUAAGUACUCAACCUGAGGUACCACUGUAAUAAUAAUAAUAAUAAUAAUAAUAAAAAUCUUCUUCCCAGGGAACUCUGGGAAUUUUAGCUCUGUGAUGCGACUAGGGGUAGCGCACCCUUAACAAACUACAGUUCCCAGGACUCAGAUUGAGGGAAAUUGGCGCCAAAGUGCUGAUUAUUGUUCCUGUGGAUUUAAAGAACAUUGGUGCGGAGAAUAAGAUUAAGAUUGGGGAAAGGAGAGCCAGAAAUUGACGUCCGUCCCUUGUGUGCAGGCAGGAUUCCUUACCGUAGAGGCGAUUCUUACCAUUUUGGCUCAUGUUUCCUCUGAACACCUCUAGAAAUUAAACAAUAGCAUCUUUUCCCAGCUCCAGGUCAAGAAAAGCUUCAUCCAGUUUAUUUCUCCCGAAUUCAAUGCACAGGAGGAAGAGCGGGAGCAAAAAAAACAGCGAACCAGUUCUCUGGCUGGGGCCGUUCCUGAUAGCAUCUGAGAGAAAGGGAAUUUUGCGCACCUGAUCCUCCCAGAUCUCAGUGGAUUUACUGAGCACUUCCUGUCUCGUUGCCGAAAGGGGAAGGACCAAUCCCGUUCCUCUUGCAACAGAUGUAAUCCUGCACUGCAUUGAUUCUGUAUUACUCACUAACUUAAUUAAGAGCCAGCCAUUCCUGAUUUAAUUGAAGGAUAAACAGCUACGGCGUUCAUUCCUGAGUCACACGGGAGGCUGGCAAAGGUAUCCACAGUCAGGGCCGCUGAGAGCAGGAUUGGGCCCUGGUGGGGGGGGGGGGAAUCAGGCUCCCCCCCACACAACAGCAAGGGUGGACUGGCUAGAAAUCUUAACGUGGGGCAGAAAAUAAAUGUGGGGUCUUGUUUUUAUGCUAAUAAUAAGUACGAUGAUAUCCAUACCUGUUCAGAAUAUUAAGAUCUUAAUGACUAAUAUCGGCAAUAUAAGCACACACACAAUGGAUGCUGAACUGUUCAUGCAUUUACGUUAAACUUGUACAUCUAACACAACACAGUGUGUGUCUCGCAACGAGUUUGCUGUAUUCAUGCGGCCGCCACUUACGAAACCCUGCAAAUUCAACUGCAAGGAGAUGGCACUUCGCAGUCAGAGUGCAGAAGCGAAUGUUCGUACGUAAUUGGGAAUACUUAGAAAGGCUUGGUUUGCGGCACAAGUUUGCGGGCUGUUAUCCAGAGUUGUGGGUGCACGGAACACGAAGAAUAUAGUGUUAUGAGUUUUGAUGGAGGGCUUAGGCUGAAUGCCUGGGCUGAAUGUCUGCGCUCAAAGCAAGUGUUUUACCCUUUUUAUGUUACGAUGGGCGUGGGAGGGGAACCGGGCUGUGACAGCGCCAAGUGGAAAUGUACAAACAUGCCCCACUCCUGGCCCUUUUGUGUGUUCGGGGGAGAGGACGGUGGGUCCCUGGGAACCGUGCUCGAGAUCUGAUCUGCUUUCUCUGAGAUCUUAGGUCUCAUCUGGCAACCUCUUGAUUUCUGCAACGGAUGGCAGUGCAUUUUUGUGAUUUUGCAAAAAAGUUAUAUUGGGUUGCUGCAUAGCUUGUUUUGGAAAAUUAAGAGGAAAGUGGAGAGGAGAAGAAAGCACUUCUAGCUAGAAAGAGGGUGGUUUUGCAAAAGAAUUCUCCCAUGCAUUACCCUCCUGGAGCCGCAGUGGUGGUGGUGGUGGUGGUGUUUAGUCGUUUAGUCGUGUCCGACUCUUCGUGACCCCCUGGACCAGAGCACACCAGGCACUCCUGUCUUCCACUGCCUCCCGCAGUUUGGUCAAACUCAUGCUGAUAGCUUCGAGAACACUGUCCAACCAUCUCGUCCUCUGUCGUCCCCUUCUCCUUGUGCCCUCCAUCUUUCCCAACAUCAGGGUCUUUUCCAGGAAGUCUUCUCUUCUCAUGAGGUGGCCAAAGUAUUGCAGCCUCAGCUUCAGGAUCUGGCCUUCCAGUGAGCACUCAGGGCUGAUUUCCUUAGGAAUGGAUCGGUCUGUCAUCCUUUCCUUUGUUCAACAUCAGGGGUCAGCAGACUUUUUCAGCAGGGGGCCGGUCCACUGUCCCUCAGACCUUGUGGAGGCCAGACUAUAUUUUGAAGGUGGGGAAAAUGAACAAAUUCCUGUUGUUGUUUAGUCGUGUCCGACUCUUCGUGGCCCCAUGGACCAGAGCACGCCAGGCACUCCUGUCUUCCACUGCCUCCCGCAGUUUGGUCAAACUCAUGCUGGUAGCUUCGAGAACACUGUCCCACAAUCUCGUCCUCUGUUGUCCCCUUCUCCUUGUGCCCUCCAUCUUUCCCAACAUCAGGGUCUUUUCCAGGGAGUCUUCUCUUCUCAUGAGGUGGCCAAAGUCUUGGAGCCUCAGCUUCAGGAUCUGUCCUUCCAGUGAGCACUCGGGGCUGAUUUCCUUCAGAAUGGAGAGGUUUGAUCUUCUUGCAGUCCAUGGGACUCUCAAGAGUCUCCUCCAGCACCAGAAUUCAAAAGCAUCCAUUCUUCGGCGAUCAGCCUUCUUUAUGGUCCAGCUCUCACUUCCAUACAUCACUACUGGGAAAACCAUAGCUUUAACUAUGUCACCAUCUGCAGUGAUCAUGGAGCCCAAGAAAGUAAAAUCUCUCACUGCCUCCAUUUCUUCCCCUUCCAUUUGCCAGGAGGUGAUGGGCCCAGUGGCCAUGAUCUUCGUUUUUUUGAUGUUGAGCUUCAGACCAUAUUUUGCGCUCUCCUCUUUCACCCUCAUUAAGAGGUUCUUUAAUUCCUCCUCACUUUCUGCCAUCAAGGUUGUGUCAUCUGCAUAUCUGAGGUUGUUGAUAUUUCUUCCGGCAAUCUUAAUUCCGGCUAGGGAUUCAUCCAACCCAGCCUUUCGCAUGAUGAAUUCUGCAUAUAAGUUAAAUAAGCAGGGAGACAAUAUACAGCCUUGUUGUACCCCUUUCCCAAUUUUGAACCAAUCAGUUGUUCCAUAUCCAGUUCUAACUGUAGCUUCUUGUCCCACAUAGAGAUUUCUCAGGAGACAGGUGAGGUGAUCAGGCACUCCCAUUUCUUUAAGAACUUGCUGUAGUUUGCUGUGGUCGACAAAGUCAAAGGCUUUUGGAAAGGCCAUUCGCUGUUUGUCGCCGCAGCUUUACUGGCGUGCAAGUAGCUUUGCAGUCCUUUCCCUCUGUGUUCUCUAAGGAACCCUGAGAGAAGAGUUCGUAAUGAGCCCAUUUCACAGAAACGGAGCUCAGUUGGACCUGCCUGGGGCUGUCUGAAGGCAAGGCAAGUUUGAGACGAUUGCCCUCAGGCUCACUGAGGUUGUAAAGCUGUGUCUCGGCUGAAGCACUUUAGAUUUCAGAUGGCAGCUCUCUGGAUUGCUUAGCACAGGGCUCAGCAAACUUUUUCAGCAGGGGGCCGGUCCAAUGUCGCUCAGACCUUGUGGGGGGCCGGACUAUAUUUUGAAAAAAAUAGUGAAUGAAUUCCUAUGCCCCACAAAUAACCCAGAGAUGCAUUUUAAAUAAAAGCACACAUUCUACUCAUGUAAAAACACGCUGCUUCCUGGACAAUCCACGGGCCAGAUUUGGAAGGUGAUUGGGCUGGAUCCGGCCCCCGGGCCUUAGUUCGCCUUCCCAUGGCUUAGGAUGCAAUCCGGAACGUGGCUUCUUUUGAGGCAAGAGCUUCUGACGGCAGCUUCUCAACUUCAAAUCACACAGCAGCAGGGUGGAUUUCAUUUAAAUCAAAUUGAUUUCGUUUUCGGGAUAAUAAAUUUUCAGAGUAGUUUUUACAGUUAUAUCAAAAAUGACUGAUUUUGUUAUACUGUUAGAUAAUUAUGAAAUUAUUGCGAGGUUUAAUAAGUUAACUGUUUAUAUUUGGACAACUUUUCAGCUGUACAGUGGUACCUCGGGUUACAUACGCUUCAGGUUACAUACGCUUCAGGUUACAGACUCUGCUAACCCAGAAAUAGUGCUUCAGGUUAAGAACUUUGCUUCAGGAUGAGAACAGAAAUUGUUCAGCGGCAGCAGGCGGCCCCAUUAGCUAAAGUGGUGCUUCAGGUUAAGAACAGUUUCAGGUUAAGUACGGACCUCCGGAACGGAUUAAGUACUUAACCUGAGGUACCACUGUACUUUAUCAGAAGGAGAAAAAUAAUCAUUUCCUUAAUAACAAUCUAAAUAAUUUAUUUAACUAAAACAAUAACAUUAUAGCAUAUGUUUCCAGGUUUGUUAACCGAUGUGGUUAAACGUGUUUACAAAAAACCAAAACAACUUAGGCUGAGUUUUAGCACACAUGAAAAACUUAAAACAAAUCCUUAUUUCCUGAUAAAUAGCCUUUGGACUAUAAUGUACCGUAUUUUUCGCCCCAUAGGGCGCACCAGGCUUCGGGAUGCAGGCUGCUAUCCGCAAGCCUUGGGAGCCCGACGGGAACUGCCGCCGAGCUCCCAAGGGUUGCGGAUAUCUGCCCCAAGCCUGGGGUGCGCAACGCAGCGCUCCCUGGGCUUCGGGCUGCAGGCAGCUGUCCGCAAGCCUGCGGAGCCCAGAGGAAGUUCCCGCCGGGCUCCGCAGGCUUGCGGAUAGCUUCCUGAAGCGACAGCCUGCAUUCGCCCCAUAGGACGCACACACAUUUCCCCUUCAUUUUUGAAGAGGAAUGAAGGGGAAAUGUGUGUGAGUCCUAUGGGGCAAAAAAUACGGUAACUUAAAUAGAAAAUCUUUGGAAAGAUUUUUCCUCCAAAAGCAUUUUAUCUUAAAAAUCCGAUUUAAAAUUUUAAAAAUCUGAUUAUUAUUUUUUAAAAAAUAAUUGAUUUUAUCCACCCUGUUUAGCAGUGGUUCAGCAAUAACACAGGUGCCCUGAUCUGGGUCAGUCUUGGCCCUGAGCAAUACACAGCAACACAUUUGCAGGAGGCUCUUAGCUUUCAAAAACUUCACAGUCCCAACUUUCAUAGAAUCGUAGAAUUUUAGAGUUGAAGGGGACCCCAGGGGUCAUCUAGUCCAACCCCCUGCAAGGCAGGAAUCUCAGCUAAAGCAUCCAUGACAGAUGGCCGUCCGAUCUCUGCUUAGAAACCUCCAAGGAAGGAGGUUUGUUCGCUGUUUUGACAAGGAUACAGCAGUUCUUAUUAACCUUUGAAAAGAUGUUGCAGAUCUGAGCAGUCAGGGCAGCAGGGCUUUUGGGGGGGGGGGGGCGGGUGGAAUUGACAGCCUGUUCCGUUUGAUUCUAGGCUGUGUUUGCACCCAGCACGAACCCUUCAUGGUGGUUAUUUGCCGAACGUGUUUUUUCCUCCUGCUUUUCAGCCCAGAGAACGCUGCAAAAGCAACUCAUAAGUGUCGGCAAUAAGAUGCUUCCUGCCUUCGGUCUUAUACUGUAUUUUUUGCUCUAUAAAACUCACUUUUACCCUCCUAAAAAGUAGGGGGAAAUGUGUGUGCGUCUAAUGAAGAAGAAGAAGAAGAGGAGGAGUUUGGAUUUGAUAUCCCGCUUUAUCACUACCCAAAGGAGUCUCAAAGCGGCUAACAUUCUCCUUUCCCUUCCUCCCCCACAACAAACACUCUGUGAGGUGAGUGGGGCUGAGAGACUUCAGGGAAGUGUGACUAGCCCAAGGUCACCCAGCAGCUGCAGGUGGAGGAGCGGAGACGCAAACCUGGUUCACCAGAUUACGAGUCUAUCGCUCUUAACCACUACACCACACUGGCUCUCAGUGGAGCGAAUGCAGGCUGCGCAGCUAUCUCAGAAGCCAGAACAGCAAGAGGGAUUGCUGCUUUCACUGUGUAGCGAUCCCUCUUGCUGUUCUGGCUUCUGAGAUUCAGAAUAUUUUUUUUCUUGUUUUCCUCCUCCAAAAACUAGGUGCGUCUUGUGGUCUGGUGUGUCUUAUAGAGCGAAAAAUACGGUAAUCUGAUGAAGGCACGACACGAAAGAAAAAGACGUUGGGAGGGAGAAGGAAAAGGAUAAACUGGGGCACUUGUUUCUUAAGCUCUUGUUUUCACCUGCAGGAAACUGCUGCAGGUUGCGGCGCCCUUUCUCAAACACCUCUCUCUGCCUCUCUUUUUUGCAGGAUAUGCGGAAACACGUGAUUAUGACACUCCUGGAUACGGAACAGUCGUACGUGGAGUCGCUGCGGACGCUGAUGCAGGUAACUGACCUGCGUGGGAACAGAGGCCAGGCACCUCGAGCUCCGGUCGAACUCUGCACCGCUCAGAUAUGCCUGUGCUGUUUUUCUUCUCUAAAGUGGUAUCAUAUUGCUUUAAAUGCACGGCCUGAACGUGGCCCGUGUUCAACAUCCUUUGAGUUUUAGGAGGGUGGCAUCUAAAAUAAAAAAUCCCCCAUGCCCAUAAUUUGCACGCUAUAACUUGCACACAGCAUUCUCACUACCAUCUUGUGACUGGCAGUCACAGUACAGUGGUCCCUUGGUUCUCAAACGUAAUCCGUUCUGGAAGUCCGUUCUGAAACCAAAGCGUUCCAAAACCAAGGCGCGCUUUCCCAUAGAAAGUAAUGCAAAACGGAUUAAUCCGUUCCGGACUUUUACAAACAACCCCUAAAACAGCAAUUUAACAUGGAUUUUACUAUCUAACGAGACCAUUGAUCAGUGUACUACAGUCACACAAUCAAUCAAUCAGUUAGUAGCUGAACUGCGUUCCACACAGUCACACACGCAAAAAGAGCCACAAAAACGCAAAAUAAAUAGCAAAAACAGACAGACCUCAGCGUAACACUCACAUCGGAAGUGUGGCACUGAAAACAGAAGCAUAACACUCAAAAAGGAGCAAGUUCACAAACCAGAAAACUUACUUCCGGGUUUGCAGUGUUUGGGUUCCAAGGUGUUUGAGAACCAAGGUACCACUGUACCAAGUUUCCUUGUUAAACCUUUGCGUUGCUUAUCCCACCUGCAUUUUUCCCUGUGUUUGCUAUUUGGUUGCAGAACGGCAGUGUGGUGUAGUGGAUGGACUAGAUCCCAGGAGGUAAAGGUACCCCUGCCCAUACGGGCCAGUCUUGACAGACUCUAGGGUUGUGCGCUCAUCUCACUCUAGAGGCCGGGAGCCGGCGCCGUCUGCAGACACUUCCGGGUCAGGUGGCCAGCGUGACGAAGCUGCUCUGGCGAGCCAGCACCAGCGCAGCACACGGAACGGCGUUUACCUUCCCGCUAUAAAGCGGUACCUAUUUAUCUACUUGCACUUAAGGGUGCUUUCGAACUGCUAGGUGGGCAGGAGCCGGGACCGAAAGACGGGAGCUCACCCCGCCGCGGGGAUUCGAACCGCCGACCAUACGAUCGGCAAGUCAUAGGCACUGUGGUUUUACCCACAGCGCCACCCGCGUACCUUUGAGUGGUUCAAAUUCCCACUCUGCCAUAAAGCUCCCUGGGUGGAUGACCUCGGGCCAGUCAUGGUCUGCUCUCAGCUCGAUCUACCUCGCAGGGGUAACAACCGUGGUAAUAGACCUCUUUUGGAAGUUACGGUGAGCUGGGAAUGAGCGCCGUUCUAGUGCCUGCUGCCAGAUGGCUCCACUUUGCUCAUAGACCCCCAAGGGGACCCCAGGGGUCAUCUAGUCCAACCCCCUGCAGUGCAGGAGUGCAAGUGAGGACAAGCCAUAAGCUUGGCUUAGCUUGGCCUGCAAGCCAGGGUGGAUAUGAUAUAAAUCAAAUCGAUUUAAAUCACUAGCCAGUAAGACUUGAUUUAAAUAACUAGUCUGUAAGACUUGAUUUAAAUCACUAGCCAAUAAGACUUGAUGAUGAUGAUGAUAAUAAUAAUAAGAAGAAGAAGAAGAAGAAGUCCGAUGAGGGAAGGUUAUAGGAACUGGGUGUGUUUGACCUGAUUCUGCAAGGAUGUUCUUACAUUCUUUGACUUUUAGAAAACACCUGAAGGCAGCCCUGUUCAGGGAAGUUUUUAUUGAUUGAUAUUUUAUUGUGUUUUUAAUAUUUUGUUGGGAGUCGCCCAGAGUGACUGGGGCUACCCAGUCUGAUGGGCAGCAUAUAAAUUAUAAAUUUUUUAUUAUUAUUAUUAUUAUUAUUAUUAUUAUUAUUAUUAUUUUAUUUAUUUAUUUAUUUAUUUAUUUAUACCCCGCCCAUCUGGCUGGGCUUCCCCAGCCACUCUGGGCGGCUUCCAACAAAAUAUUAAAAUACAGUAAUGCAUCAAACAUUAAAAGCUUCCCUAAACAGGGCUGCCUUCAGAUGUCUUCUAAAAGUCAAAGUAGCAAUACAGACAAGGGUGCCCGGUCUACCCGCAGGAAGGUCUGGUGGGGAUUUCUGAGCACGUUUGGCAGAGCGAUGCCCAGGAGUUUCUCUGUAACCAAGAAGUGCACUUUUCUCUCCCUUGCGACUCCUUGCUCGGCUGCAGCGCCUUAGCAGGGCUGCCGGAAACAAGAUCUGUGCAUUCCUAAUUCGGCAGAGCGACCCACGCCAGGCACUGGGAAGCUUUUGUCAGGCCAAACCCAGCUUGCGCUCGUCUCCGUGGCAACUGCAUCCCGUUGCCACGCGAUGCAGGGCUUGAGAGCAGAGCACCAGGGAUGAUGGCGCUCAGGAUCAAGUUGUCAGGGAACUUGCAUUCAGGUUUAUUCCCCCUUUGAAGUGUGUGUGUGUUUGUGUGAGUGUGCAAAUGCUAUCCGACCGGGAAGACCUGCCUCCCCACGAUUCAUUUGCAGGUGUGACUUUGCUCUGACGCAGCAAUGCAAGACUUUCUUGUGCCUGUGGCAGUUUUGAUUCCACGGGAAUCUAUUUCUGCCUUUUUGAUUGUCCAAAUGGGGGGCGCUUAGCUGUUUCCCCUCCCUUUUGGUACAAUAAAUCCUUCCCACGCACUGCAACUCUCAAGUGUGAAAAUUGGAGGGUUAUUUUCAUACCCUUCGCCCUCUGCUUUGAGUCUCUAAUUCACGGAAAACAGACUUGUCAGCCGCAGCUCUUCGCCAUUUCCAAAUGCCAGGCUCUCUCGACCUCCUUUGCGCAAGAAGACUUUUUAUUUAAUGCUCUGAGUCCUUUUCAGCUGUAAACCAUAAUAAUAAUAAUAAUAUAAUAAUUUAGUAUUUAUACCCCGCCCAUCCGGCUGGGUUUCCCCAGCCACUCUGGGUGGCUACCAACAGAAUAUUAAAAUACAAUAACCUAUUAAACAUUGAAAGCUUCCCUAAACAGGGCUGCCUUCAGAUGUCUUCUAAAAGUCUGGUAGUUGUUUUUCUCUUUGACAUCUGGUUGGGAGGGCGUUCCACAGGCGGGUGCCACUACCGAGAAGGCCCUCUGCCUGGUUCCCUGCAACCUCACCUCUUGCAGUGAGGGAACCGCCAGAAGGCCCUCGGAGCUGGACCUCAGUGUCCGGGUAGAACGAUGGGGGUGGAGAUGCUCCUUCAGGUCUACUGGGCCGAGGCCGUUUAGGGCUUUCAAUGUCAGCACCAAAACUUUGAAUUGUGCUCAGAAAUGUACUGGGGGCCAGUGUAGGUCUUUCAGGACCGGUGUUAUGUGGUCUUGGCGGCCGCUCCCAGUCACCAGUCUAGCUGCCGCAUUGCCCUCCUUUGUACUCCAUCAAGGAAGGGCUGUGGCUCAGAGGUAGAGCAUUUGCCUUCCACGAAGAGUGUCCCAGGUUCAGUCCCCAGCAGCUCCAGAUAAGGGAGGGAGGGUUUCCCUUCCUGAAACCCUGGAGAGCGACUGCCAGUCAGUGUAGGCAAAACUGAGUCAAAUGUCCCCAUGUUCUGACUCAGAAUAAGACAGCUUCCUAUAGGAUAAGAUCAAGCCCAUGGGUAGGCAAACUAAGGCCCGGGGUCUGGAUCCGGCCCAAUCGCCUUCUAAAUCUGGCCCGCAGACGGUCCGGGAAUCUGCGUGUUUUUACAUGAGUAGAAUGUGUCCUUUUAUUUAAAAUGUAUCUCUGGGUUAUUUGUGGGUCCUGCUUGGUGUUUUUACGUGAGAAUGUGUCCUUUUACAGUGGUGCCCCGCAAGACGAAUGCCUCGCAAGACGGAAAACCCCUCUAGACGAAAGGGUUUUCCAUUUUGGAGGUGCUUCGCAAAACGAAUUUCCUAUGUGCUUGCUUCGCAAGACGAAAAUGUCUUGCGAGUUCCUGCGGGUUUUUUUCCUUUCCCCCCCCUUUUUCCCAAGCCGCUAAACCGCUUAUCAGCUGAUGGCUAAGCCGCUUAUCAGCUGAUCGUUAAGCCGCUUAACAGCUGAUCGUUAAGCCGCUUAUCAGCUGAUCGUUAAGCCGCUUAUCAGCUGAUCUUUAAGCCGCUUAUCAGCUGAUCGUUAAGCCGCUUAUCAGCUGAUCUUUAAGCCGGCUAAGCCGCUAAUACUGUAGCGCUAAGCCUCUAAACCUCUAAUGGGCUUGCUUCGCAAGACGAAAAAACCCGCAAGACGAAGAGACUCGCGGAACGGAUUCUUUUCGUCUUGUGAGGCACCACUGUAUUUAAAAUACAUCUCUGGGUUAUUUGUGGGGCCUCCCUGGUGUUUUUACAUGAGUAGAAUGUGUCCUUUUAUUUAAAAUGCAUCUUUGGGUUAUUUGUGGGGCAUAGGAAUUCGUUCUUCGUUUUUCAAAAUAUAGUCCGGCCCCCACAAGGUCUGAGGGAGAGUGGACCGGCACCCUGCUGAAAAAGUUUGCUGACCCCUGGUCAAGCCAGUGGCUCACCUGUUCCAGCAAGCCCCACAUCCCUCCAGCGUGCUCAAUCUGGAGGGAUAUUGGGCUUGUUGAAGCAGAGGAAAGAACAAGCUGUAUCGGCACCUCGGCAAAACAGCUUGUUUCUCCCUCUGCAGCGGUGUGAGGGUGGACCGCAAUGGCGGUUCCACUCAGCGGUAUAUCGCCGGCGAAACGGCCACUUCUCUGGAGUCCCUCUGUCUCCAGCUUUUUCCCCCCUCACCGUGCUGGGCGCUGGGAGCAGAGGGACUCAGGAAAUGGCAGUCUCGCCAGCGAUACACCGCUAAGCAAAGCCAUCAUCGUGGUCUGCCCCUUGCACCAGUCCUGGGCGACGCAGUGGACGCUCGGGUUGCGAACGUGAUCCGUGCGGGAUGCAUGUUCACAACCCGCAGCGUCCACAACCUGCAGCGGCGCGUCUACACACACGCGGGUCAUGAUUCGGCGCUUCUGCGCAUGCACAAAGUGCGAUUUAGAGCUUAUGUGCAUGUGCGACCGCCGAAACCCGGAAGUAACCCGUUCUGGUACUUCCGGGUUUUGGUGGUGGCGCUGUGGGUUAAACCACGGAGCCUAGGACUUGCCGAUCAGAAGGUCAGCGGUUCGAAUCCCCGCAAAGGGGUGAGCUCCUGUUGCUCGGUCCCUGCUCCUGCCCACCUAGCAGUUCGAAAGCACAAAGUGCAAGUAGAUAAAUAGGCACCGCUCUGGCAGGGAAGGUAAAUGGCGUGUCCGUGCGCUGCUCUGGUUCGCCAGAAGUGGUUUAGUCCUGCUGGCCACAUGACCCGGAAGCUGUACGCCGGCUCCCUCGGCCAGUAAAGCGAGAUGAGCGCCGCACCCCCAGAGUUGGCCACAACUGGACCUAAUGGUCAGGGGUCCCUUUACCUUUACCUUUAACCCAAAAAACGCAACCUGAAGCGUCUGUAACCCGAGGUAGGACUGUAUAUGGAUAUAUCUAGCCCAGGCCUAGCAGGGACAGAGAAUAAGGUCCUGGUUUUCACUCUUUGGAUGUCUGAUUCCCACUGUCAAUAGCCUGGAUUGGCGGCAUUUGCUCAAAGUUGCGCUUAUGCAGAAUUCUGCGUUGUCGUCAUUGGAAAGCCUCGGGACGGGGCGUGCCAACCUUUGUGGUGCCAGGCUUUUUUCAAGCAGGGGACAAGGGGGCUUUAAUUGGAUGGUACAAAGGCAAACCCGUCGACUUGCCGAAGAGGAGAGCUAGAGAGAGCAGCUGCUUUGUGUGCUUGAAGGACAGGGGAAGAUAAUUACAGCUCGGGAGCCUUUAAUACGUCACAGUGGAAUUCCUGGAAAUGCUUCUGACUCAUUCAGAGAUGACAUCUUUGAAGAGGGGAGACAAGGGCAGCAAAAGGAGCAAUCCAGUUUUGAUUAGCUUUUUAAAUACCUACGAGAUGCGGAACGUUUCCUCCACCUUUGGAAAGUUAUAUAGCUGCAGUGGAAGCAGCCAAGAUUUUGGUCUCUUUCGAAUGUAACACUAAACUGUGGUUUAGCUUGACGUGCACCCAGUGUCCCUCUCCGCUUUCAUUUCUGUUUUUGAUUACCUAUUAUUAUGAUUUGUUAAUUGUCUAUACCGUGUUUCAUCAGUGUGUCAUUACGUGCUAACCUUAAAAUGUGGUUUAGGCUUAACUAUAUGGUUUAGGGAAACAAGCCAAUACAGUGGUACCUUGGGUUACAUACACUUCAGGUUACAUACGCUUCAGGUUACAGACUCCGCUAACCCAGAAAUAGUGCUUCAGGUUAAGAACUUUGCUUCAUGAUAAGAACAGAAAUCGUGCUCCGGUGGCACAGCAGCAGCAGGAGGCCCCAUUAGCUAAAGUGGUGCUUCAGGUUAAUAACAGUUUCAGGUUAAGAACGGACCUCCGGAACGGAUUAAGUACUUAACCUGAGGUACCACUGUACUUUAUCAGAAGGAGAAAAAUAAUCAUUUCCUUAAUAACAAUCUAAAUAAUUUAUUUAACUAAAGCAAUAACAUUAUAGCAUAUGUUUCCGGAAUGAAUUAAGUACUUAACCUGAGGUACCACUGUAACAUAAACCAUGGUUUGAAGCUGGCCUAACUUUAGUUGUAGGUUGUAACUUCAGCUUUUAGCCUGCUCUGCGCUUCGAUGGUCUAUAAUUCAAAGAUUUGGGCUUUAACCAUAAUUGUCUUACUUGAUUACUUGUUCUAGUUACAGGUAGGUAGCCGUGUUGGUCUGCCGUAGUCCAAAGAAACAAACAAACAAUUCCUUCCAGUAGCACCUUAGAGACUAACUACCGUAUUUUUCGCCCUAUAGGACGCACUUUUUCCCCUCCAAAAAUGAAGGGGAAAUCUGUGUGCGUCCUAUGGGGCGAAUCCAGGCUUUCGCUGAAGCUUGGAGAGCGCGAGGGGUCGGUGCGCACCGACCCCUCUCGCUCUCCAGGCUUCAGGAAGACAUCGGCAAGCCUGGGGAGCCCGCGGGAGUUCCCGCAGGGCUCCCUAGGCUGCGGAUAGCAGCCUGCUGCCUGGAGUGCGGGGCACGCUGAAGCCGCGGCUGGGGGGGGGAAUAAUUUUUUUCCCCUUUAUUUCCCCCCCUCAAAAAAAAAAAAACUAGGUGCGUCCUAUGGGCCGGUGUGUCCUAUAGGGUGAAAAAUACGGUAAGUUUGUUAUUGGUAUGAGCUUUCAUGUGCAUGCACAAAGAAGUAUCUGAAGAAGUGUGCAUGCACACGAAAGCUCAUACCAAUAACAAACUUAGUUGGUCUUUAAGGUGCUACUGGAAGGAAUUUUUUGUUUGCAUUCUGGAUUAGAUAUUGCUUCCGGGUCACCUUCAAAGGUAGCCCCACAUAGAACGCAUUGCAGUAGUCCAAGCAGGAGAUAACUAGAGCAUGCACCACUCUGGCGAGACAGUCUGAGGGCAGGGAGGGUCUCAGCCUGCGCACCAGAUGGAGCUGGUAGACAGCUGCCCUGGACACAGAAUUGACUCCCAGGCUGCGCCCCUGGUCCUUCAGGGGCACAGUUACCCCAUUCAGGACCAAGGAGUCCUCCACACCCACCCACUUCCUGUCCCCAAAAAACACUACUUCUGUCUUGUCAGGAUUCAACCUCAAUCUGUAUUAGCCUCCGCUCCACCCUUGUAGCGAAGGACUCAGAAAGCUUUGCAUCUGGCAGAACAAAGAGUGUGAAUUCCUGCUUGGGCAACUUCUGGCUGAGAGAGAAUAGGGAUGCAAGGACUGUCAGUUCUGGCAACCGUGUUAUAGGGGCCGGUCCUGUCCUGAGAACUCUCUGCUUGUAGCCUGUAUUUUUGAAUAAAAAGUUAACUCGACUGCUCGCCUCUUCAGUGCUGACACCAGCUCAAUGGCAGAGGAUCUCCUUUGCUUGCAAGAGGUCCUAGGCAAAAUAGAGCAUCUCUAUGGAAAAGUAGCAGGUGAUGGAAAGGAGAAUUUUCUGCCUUGGACUCUCGAGAGCUGCUUCCCCAACCUGGUGCCCUCCAUACGUUUUGGGGAGCAGCUCCCACCAGCCACGCUAGGCUGGGGCAGAUGGGUGUUGUAGUCCAAAAAAUCUGGAUGUCACCCACUUGAAGAAGAGAGGUGUGUGUGUGUGUGUGUGUGCGCGCGCGCGUGUAUAUACCAGCAUAUUCUACGUCACAAAUCCGCAUCUGGCUGAGCUGGAUUGAGCAUCAAGAUAUCCACUCUGAAAGCUGACAUCCAGUUCCCCAAGAUGACCAGGGGUCUGGGAACCAAGCCUGAUGAGGAACGGUCGAAGGAGCUGGGUAUGCUUCGCCUGGAAAAGAGGAGUCUGAAAGCAGAUACAACAGCCAUCUUCAAAUGUCUCCAGGGCUCUGCCAUGGGAGAUGGUUGUUGUUUAGUCGUUUAGUCAUGUCCGACUCUUCGUGACCCCCUGGACCAGAGCACGCCAGGCACUCCUGUCUUCCACUGCCUCCCGCAGUUUGGUCAAACUCAUGCUGGUAGCUUCGAGAGCACUGUCCAACCAUCUCGUCCUCCGUCGUCCCCUUCUCCUUGUGCCCUCCAUCUUUCCCAACAUCAGGGUCUUUUCCAGGGAGUCUUCUCUUCUCAUGAGGUGGCCAAAGUCUUGGAGCCUCAGCUUCAGGAUCUGUCCUUCCAGUGAGCACUCAGGGCUGGUUUCCUUCAGAAUGGAGAGGUUUGAUCUUCUUGCAGUCCAUGGGACUCUCACAUAUGUGCAUUUAUGUGUAUUUUAAUGAACUGAACAGAGUGAAAGGUUAUGAGUCAUGAGGGGUGCACAGAUUGUGUGAAUGAACUCAGCGCUCAGCUUAUAUUUUUAGUUGCAGUUUUGAUAAUGUUUUUAAUAUUGUUUUAGAGAUUCUAAACGCUGCGUUGAUUUGUUAAUCGCAUGACUUGCCAAUAAUUGUGAGGUUUAGCUUAUUUUUUAGUUGCUGUUUCGUUAAGUUUUCUUUUAUAGAUUGCAACUGUUUCAUUGAAAAUCUGUUAAUUUUUUCAUACGACAUAUGCUGUAUUCGCGAUGUGCUAUUAUGUUUUAUUACAUUAUGGUUGUUUAUCCGUUGUAAGCCGCUUUGAGAUUCAUUUGAAUGAAAAGCAGCGUAAAAAUACAAUCAAUCAAUCAAUCAAUCAGUCGGUAUUGAAUUGGAUGGGUCUUGGUAUCGGCCAUCUUCCUGUCUCCUAAAUGUCUGCUCUUCCGUCUCUCCUUCCCUUUCCAGGGUUACAUGAAGCCCUUGAAGCUGCCGGAAAACGCCAUCCUCUGCGAUCCCGCCCUGGUAGACGAGAUCUUUGAUCAGAUCCCCGAGCUGCUGGAUCACCACGAGGAGUUCCUGGAGCAGAUCAGCGAGUGCGUGCACAGCUGGAGCGAGAAGCAGAAAGUGGGGGACAUCCUGGUGAAGUCUGUGAGUUCAGCUUUUCCGACAACACGCACACACACACACAACCUCUGAUCAAGGAGCUGGUAUUCGAGAUGGAAAUCUGACUUUCUUGGGUUACUUAGCCCAAAGGAUGCAGGGUUUUCUGGCAUAUUUUAUUUUAUUAAUUAAUAAUAAUUUUAUUUUUUUAUUUUAACUUCCGGUUCUUCUCUUUUUUUAUAUAAUAAUUUUUAUUAAUUUUAACAUAUGAAUUAUAAUACAUACCACAAACCACUUAUACAAUCUUUUUUUUUUACUCCCAUCACCUCUGAUGAUCCCCCGUUUUAACCACUUCUUAUGCAUUUCUUAAAUUCAUAUUGCCUUUAAUUAUCUUAACUAAUCAUCCUCCCCUUUAUCCAUUUUUGCAAUAGUUCCAAUAAUUCACCUCACAAAACGUCUUGCAAACCUACAAACGUAGUUUGAACAUCACUAUUACUUUUCAAAUAAUCUGUAAAUUUACACCAGUCUUCUGUGAAUUUCUGGUCCCUCAGAUUUUGAAUCCUUCCUGUUAGUUUGUCUAAUUCUGCAUAGUCCAUUAAUUUCAUCCUCCAUUCUUCUUUCGUCAGUAAUUCUUCUUGCUUCCAUUUUUGUGCCAAUAAUAUUCUUGCUGCCGUCAUUGCAUAUGAAAACAGCUUACAUUCUUUUCUAUUUAUAUCACUUCCUACCAUGCACAGUAAAAAUGCUUCUGGUUUCUUUAUGAAUGUAUAUUUCAACAUUUUUUUCAUCUCAUUAUAUAUCAUUUCCCAGAAGCUUUUCACUUUUUUACAUUCCAACUUCCGGUUCUUCUCAUUGUACUAUUUUACAUUUUGUUCAUCUGUCCACAGUUCAUUAUUACUUUUUAACUUUCCCGUUUCUUAUCCAGAAUACUCUUUCAUAUACUGUCUCUGUCUUUCAAGAUUCAUUCUAAGUCUGCCAGGAGUUUACCGUUAUCACAGUAGUUUUUAAGAUCAUCUUUAAACAUUAUCCAAUCUUUCAUUAACUUUCUGUACUGAAUUUCUUCUUAAAUCUCCCUGUCAUCCUUGCGAGUUGUAAAUAUUCUAUCGUUUUUGCCUGCCAGUCAGUUUCUGCGGGGAUGUUGUCACUUUUCCAGUUCUUUGCUAUCAAAAUCCUAGCCGCUGUGGUCGCGUACAUAAAAAGUGGUCUAAGAUUUUUCUUAAUUUCCACGGACGUAAUUCCUAAUAGGAAGGCCUCAGCGGUUUUUUGUGAAUGAGAGUUUGAAUACCUUUUUAAGUUCAUUGUAUAUGGUGUCCCAAAGUUCUCCUAUCUUACAAUCUCACCACAUGUGCAUAAAAGUACCUACCCCAUUUUUACACCUCCAGCUGACCUCUGAACUAUUCUUAUCCAUCUUGGUCAAUCAGCAAUGCUAAUUCGCGUUUGCUUGUUUGAAAAGUGAUAAUCCCCAGGGGCUGAAAUUCCCCACUUCUUGCAAAAAUCUAUCAUUUGCCCGAUAAUAAAUGUUGGAAGUGUAAAGAAACUGAAGGCACAUUCUUUCACCUUUGGUGGACGUGCCCAAGGAUUAAGGCUUUCUGGGAGAUGAUCUAUAAUGAAAUGAAAAAGGUAUUUAAAUAUACCUUUCUGAAGAAACCAGAGGCCUUUCUCCUGGGCAUAGUUGGCCAAUUGGUGCCAAAGAAGGAUAGAACUUUUUUUAUGUAUGCUACAACAGCAGCAAGAAUACUUAUUGCAAAGUAUUGGAAGACACAAGAUUUACCCACCCUGGAAGAAUGGCAGAUGAAGGUGAUGGACUACAUGGAACUGGCGGAAAUGACUGGCAGAAUCCGAGACCAGGGAGAAGAGUUGGUGGAAGAAGAUUGGAAGAAAUUUAAAGACUAUUUACAGAAAUAUUGUAAAAUUAAUGAAUGUUAGAAUGAUGUCAGAAUGAAGUUAAGUGGUUUUAGCAGCAAUGUUAUAAAGGAGUAUGUAAAAAUGGAUUGUUAACAGGUGAGAAUUUAAAGUUACAAUAUAUUAAGUUAAAGGAUUAGGGUAAAAACAAAGAGGGAAAGGAUUUGCUGAAUUAGCUAACUGAACUGGAAUACAAAAAAGGGAGGUGUGAGGAGGUCAGGGAAACAAGUAAAUGAAAGAAGUGUUUUUACUUUUCUGUAUUUUGUAUUUUUUCUUUUCUUUUUUUUCCUUUUCUCUAUUUUUGUAACCUUUUUUGAAACCUUAAUAAAUAUCAUUUAAAAAAAAAAAGAAAGAAAUUCCCCACUUCUGUGUUUUCCCACCUCCCCACUUUCUGCGACUUCAGAGGGAAAUGUCUGCUUGUCUCAUGAAGCCUUUGUCUCGCUCCUUCCCCAGUUUUCCAAAGACAUCCUGGUGAACAUUUAUUCUGCCUACAUCGAUAACUUCCUCAACGCCAAAGAUGCUGUGAGGAUCGCCAAAGAAGCCAGGCCAGCGUUUAUGAAGUUCCUGGAGGUAGGACAGAAAUCUUUUUUAUAUAUAUAACAUUUUAUGGGGUUUCCAAAAAAUAACAAAAUGGAAAAAAACAGGGGGGGGUCACAUCCAAAUUAAACCAUAAUUUUUUGUCAACUUCUCUCUACUCCCCCUCUUGGUUCCAUUAUAAUAUACUUGUUCAUGCACGUCCAUAAAAUCUUAUAUAGUCAUACCUCGUGUUGCGUUUGCUUCAUGAUACGUUUUUUCAAGUUGCAUCCCGCGGCUGUUGAUUUAAGCAGAGUCUUGUUGGCCAGCGGAAGGAUGAGGAAAAUGUGCUGCAUACUCUAUAUUGCUUUAUUUACAGUUCAAAGCUGGUAUAUUACAGAAAGACAUCUUGCCUGCACUGGAGCAGAAAAUGCAUCCUCUCUCCUCGACAGCUCGGAGAGAAUCACACAGUGAAAAACCAGGAAACCAGUGUACGUCACAUCCAGUCUCCCUUUCCCGUGAGAAACUCCAACAGUACAGACUGUGGAAUGUAAACACCUGUCUUGUGACUGCAGUUGCUGCUCAGUGAAGGAAAGCAGAAACCAACAUCCUCCCCUUUCUGUGAACAUCACUGGGCAGCGUGUUUGCACAAUAUCAGUACAAACCCAACUUCUGCACAUAGGUACAGUGUUGAUCCCUUGAUACAAUCUUGGACAAUACAUCAGCAGGAAUUUCAUUACCUGGCAUAUAGGACACCGUUACGAGUCCCUUCUGAAUACAUUCCCUAGCAUGCUGCAACUUUAAUUGCAAGUGCUUUGUGCUUUGCUUACAACCUUCAGACUUGAGCAAAGCCAAACAUGCUUUGUUGUCCUGGUAAACCUGGAUUGGACAUUUGACAGGAAUUUUCAUAUCUUUGCACAAUUGUACUAACCAUUCACAAUCCUUAAGUGAAUAAGACAGUGCAUUCAGUUCAGCUUCACAAGUACUUAAGCUAACUGUUGUUUGCUUCUUGCAUGACCAAUCAAACAGACUCUGAUUGUACAUGUAGCAAACUCCAGACGUACUUUUCCUGUCUGUAGUGUCACUUCCAAAACUUGCAUCUGCAAAUAUCUCAAGACCACCAGACUUCUGAUUGUUAAAUCUCAGUCUGUAAUGCAUAGUGCCUUUCAAAUACCGCGCUAUGCGUUUCAGAGCUUUCCAAUCCUUGACACUAGGAUUGUUGACUUGUCUGCUUAGCAAAUUACAGCUAACAGCAAUGUCUGGUCUUGAACAUCUGGCAAUGAAGUUUAGCUUGCCUAGCACACUCCUGUACAGUGUAGUGUCAGAAAAUGCUUCUUCAGUGUCAUCUACCUGAUAACCUGUUGUCAUCGGUGUGUCUACAGGGUUAGCAUCCAUCAGAUUUAGUUUGCUUAACACAUCAGCAAUUUUCCGUGACUGGUGUACUAGAAUGUUACCAUCUUGAUCUCUCUCUAUUUCCAGAGAUAGGUAGUUGUUUACCUCACCAAGAUCUUUCAUGUCAAAGUGCUCUUUCAGUUGAGCUAGGGCGCUAUUGUACAUUGCAACAUCUUUCCAAAAGAAUAAUAAAUCAUCAACAUAAAACAAACAGUACAGUUUCUUUUGCCCCUCCUCUUUGACAAAUACACAUGGAUCAGCUUUCCCUUGCUGAAAACCUAGAGAAAACAAUACUUCAGUGAGUUUUGUGUGCCAACACCGUGCACUUUGUUUGAGACCAUAAAGGGAUUUCUUCAGAGCACAAACAAAUCCCUGUUUUACCUGUACGCCAUCAGGUGGAAGCAUAUAAAGUGAUUCAUCUAGAGAUCCGUACAGAAAAGCUGUAUUAAUAUCAUGGUGACUAAUGUGUAGAUUUUCCUCUGCAGCUAGCUUGAGCAUAAGCCUAAUGCUUUCAUAUCUCACUGUGGGUGAAUAGGUCUCGUGAUAGUCUUCACCUGGUACCUGUGCAAAACCUCUGGCUACCAAUCUGGCUUUGUGUCUGACUAUCUUGCCAUUUUGAUCUGUCUUCGCUUUGAAGACCCAUUUGCUUCCAAGCAGUUUCAUUCCUGGAACUACUGGAACUAGCUCCCAUGUUUUGUUCCUUUCUAAGGAAUCAAGCUCAGCCUUCAUGGCAUUUAACCAUGGCUCAGCUUCCUUUGAAUCCAAACCCUGGAUUUCUUGGAAACUUGAAGGUUCAAAUACCUUCUUGGAGCUUUUAACAGCUGUUACUGCUAUCUUAGCAAACUCAUCAGCAAAUCUCUUUGGAGGUUUGCCUUUGUGGCUCUCUGUGACCUACGAAUUAGCCUUAAGUCUUCAACACUCUCCUCUUCCUUCUUAGGAGAAAAACGACCUAUUGUGAACAAUGGUUCCUCCAAUUCUUGAUCAGAGCUUUCAGAGGGUCGCAUAGAGGCUUUCGCACUCUUGAAAUCCUCUGAAUCACCCGAUUCAGUUUCAGAUUCAGACUCAGAACCUUCAUCAGUGGGUGUGGGUUGUUGUGGUUGCUUUUGACUAUCCUCAGUCUCAUCACCGUCAUCAGGAUAACAUUGGAAAAUUCCCACAUUCUCCCCCACUUUGCAUUGUACUCAACACUUCUCGUGAGCUUAAUUGUCUUAGAGUCAGUCAUCAUUAUUCUGUAAGACCCUUUCUGAUAACCUAGAAAGAUACCAUGCAAUCCACGCUUGUCUAACUUGGAGUUUUGUGGUGAGCGAACCCACAUGUCAGAACCAAAAUCUUCAUGUGUUUGAUGUAUGGCUUCUUGCCAAACAUCUUCUCAUAGGGGGUACAACCAAUCGCUGAAGAUAAUCUGCGAUUGUAACUGUAAACAAAACACGAGAGAGAUUCGGCCCAAUAACUCUCUGGAAGAUUGGCAUCAUGCAGCAAGGUUUUUAACCCUUGAAGCAAUGUCUGAUUUGCCCGUUCCGCAAGUCCAUUCUGCCAUGGCGAGCGAGGACUAGACAAAUCGUGUUGAAUUCCUUUCUCAGUCAGAAAAGCUUCAAACUGCUGAGAAGUGAAUUCCCCCGCGAUCACUGAAAAGAGUCUUUAUCUUCUUACCAUGCACAUUUUCCAACCAAGCACAGAAUUCCUUGAACCUAGGAAAAGCCUCCGAUUUCUGCUUGAGAUUGUACACAAAAAUAUAUCUAGAAAAUGCAUCAAUGAGAACCAUGAAGUAUCUAUUUCCACCCAAAGAGGGCGAUAGUGGUCCAACCAAAUCAGCAUGAACAACCUGGUAUGGUUCUGUAGCUUUCCUACUAGACACCUUACCUUUCGCAGCCAUUUUCACCUUGUUUGCUGCGCAUGCUUUGCACUUCAUGUGGUACCUGCAGGGUUUAAUAGUCAUACCUUCAACCAAGGCAGGCAUUUUAGAUACUGCCUCAAAAUGCAAAUGACCAAAUUUUCGAUGAAAAUCGUGAAUACAUUCUGCAUGCAAACUUUUGUUAGAACCUGCAAUGCAACAAGUGUCAUCCUGCACCACAUCAUCAUAAUACAAAACAAACAAAUGAUCAACAUAUUCUGCAUGCAAUACAUAAUCAUUUUUCUUUGUGAUGAUGCACUUCUUGUUCUUGAAGGAAACGUCAAUGUUCCGCUCAUUCAGCUGUCCAACGCUGAGCAGAUUAUGUUUGGCGUCUGGCACGUAAAGCACAUUCUGUAUCGAUAAGUCCAAACUGUGAAGAACAACAGUUCCGUAGCCUUUACUGGGAAUAGUGUGGUCAUCCGCCUGGUGAAUCGCACCUUCCUGCGGUGUAAAAGACACAAACAGUUUCUUAUCGUUGCACAUGUGGUGGGUGGCCGCUGAAUCAACAACGAAGAAAGAUCUAGACGUCUUCUGGACCUCUGCAACCUUUGGAGUGAAGCGUGAAACCAUAGCCUUGUGCUGCGUUGUCCUAGACACCGGACCUUUGCCUUUGCCUCGGCCUUUUCCGCGCGAUGAGCUUCGCUGCGCUGCUCUGUCUUGGCCCUGGGAUGUCUGCAUUCCCUCUUCAUAUGGCCUAGACGUCCACACGAGUAGCAUUUCACUGCCUUCAAAGCUUUGGCGCCAUCUGGUGGUUCCACUGCACUAUGGGAUGACGUCUGUGAAGACUCCCUUGCCCAUGCAGCUAGCACCCCGGCGAUCUGCUUCAUUUAAAAUCACGGCAGUAACAAAGUCCACUGUCAGCUGAGCAGUUGGUUGCACAGCAAUCUGGGUUGCAACAGACUCCCAACCUGAACCCAAAGAUUGUAGUAUCAUGAAAGAAUACACAGCCUCUGGAAAGUUGAGUCCUCUCUGUUGCAGCUCAUGUCUCAGAUUUUGCAUCUCCAUUAGAUGUAAACGCACAUCUCCACCUUCAGCAAGAGCCAUAUUAUGCAGCUUGUUAAAAUAAUACAUAGUGGAUCCAGCUUCUGUCCUUAAGUGAGCCUCUCUCAGAGCGUCCCAAAUUUCUCUGGCUGAGGUCUUAUCACGCAAUAGACAGAGCUCUUCUGGGGAUACUAUCAAUGUAAGAGUUCCCUUGCUUUGGAAUCCUUAGCGUCCCAUGCAUCUGUAACUGGAACUGGGGGGGUUCCUGUAAUCACCUCAAACACACCCUCUUUCCGCAGAAUUGCCUCUGCAUACUGAACCCAGUCGCUGUAAUUUUUCUUGUUGAGCUUAGGAAUCCCACAAGCAUCCUGAAGGGCCAUCAUGACUCUGGCAUUAGCCUUCAGCGUCAUUAUAUGCUGCUUUAAAUCUUGCUGCGUCACUGCUGCAGCUGCUUUAUCACAAAGGCACACUUAAAAGUUACUUUCGAUUUCCCCAGCAUAGUGACUUGUGCCUGGGAGCCUUUUGCCUAUUCCCGGCAAAACCGGCUUUAAAAGUUCAAAGUCCAGCCAUAAAGCCAUUAACUUGAAGCUGGCAGGCUGCCCGGAGCAGUAGCACAUACCUCAUCAAUCACUUCUACGCGCAGAGCAGAUUCCUUUCCGAUCCGUCCCUCUGCAUUCCGAUCCUUUGCCGGCACUCCGAUUCGACCUCUGGAGUCCAUAACCACGUGUUGAUUUAAGCAGAGUCUUGUUGGCCAGCGGAAGGAUGAGGAAAAUGUGCUGCAUACUCUAUAUUGCUUUUAUUUACAGUUCAAAGCUGGUAUAUUACAGAAAGACAUCUUGCCUCUCUGGAGCAGAAAAAUGCAUCCUCUCUCCUCGACAGCUCGGAGAGAAUCACACAGUGAAAAAAACAGGAAACCAGUGUACGUCACAUCCAGUCUCCCUUUCCCGUGAGAAACUCCAACAGUACAGACUGUGGAAUGUAAACACCUGUCUUGUGACUGCAGUUGCUGCACAGUGAAGGAAAGCAGAAACCAACAGCGGCGACCCGGAAGUACCGGAAAGGGUUACUUCUGGGUUUUGCCACUCGCGCAUGCGCAGACACGCAAAAUGACGUCACAUGCAUGCGCAGAUGCGGCGAAUCACGACCCACGGGUUGUGUUCUGCUCAAGUUGCGAACGGGACUCCGGAAUGGAUCCCGUUCGCAACCAGAGGUACCACUAUAUACUUAAUCCAAUUUUAAAACCUUCUUCAUCCUAUUACAAGUGACUUUUAAAAGUUAUGCUAAUGUAAAAAUCUAUACACAAAGCUUUCAAAAAUAUGCCUUAAACAGUUGCCCUAAAGUUGAUGAAUAAAUGAGCUAAUUAAGUUAAUUUGGAUAUGCAGAAAAUAUUUAAAAAUAAAUUCAAGGAACCGCAGAAAGAUAGAGGGGGAAGGAAGUCAAGUUUUGAAAUGUUAAAAUGAAUGUAAAAUUAUUGAAAUGUAUAAACCUGAAAAGUAUUUUUUUAAAAAGCAAAACCUGAUCUUCAUGUUCUUUCAGCAAAGCAUGAGGGAAAACAAAGAAAAGCAGGCACUUUCAGACCUCAUGAUUAAGCCGGUUCAGCGGAUUCCACGCUAUGAACUUCUGGUCAAGGUGAGUCCAAGAGGCCUGGUUAUUAAUUGCUGUUCAUAAAUUGUUGUUACUAAUUGUUGAACUGCUCCGAGACCUGAGGGCAUAGGGUGGCGUAUAAAUUCAAAUAAACGCUAUCUCCAACUCCUUGAAAGAUUCCAUCAACGGUGUCUCCGAAAAUUUGACACAUCACUUGGGAAGACAGGUGAACUAAUGCCAGUGUACUGGAAGAAGCAAAGAACACCAGUGCUGAAGCAAUGAUUCUUCAACAUCAACUUUGUUGGACUGGUCAUGUUGUUUGGAUGCAACUAAUCUAUUCUGAACUUAAAAAUGGAAAGCAUAAUGCUGGUGGUUAACCAAAGAGGUUUAAAGACUCUUUCAAGGCAAAUCUAAAAAAACAACUGGGAAACACUGGCCUGCGAGCGCUCCAGUUGGAGAACAGCCUUUACCAAAGGUGUCAUGGGCUUUGAAGACAUUCAAACUCAGGACGCAAGGGAGAAAUGUGCAAAGAGGAAGGCACGCUUGGCAAAUCCACACCGUGAUCAACUCCCGCCUGGAAACCAAUAUCCCCACUAUGGAAGGACGUGUGGAUCCAGAAUUGGCCUCCACAGCCACUUACGGACUCAUUGCUAAAACUGUGUUCAUGGAAGACAAUCUUACUCACUACGAGUGAUUGCCAAAGAAGAAAGAAGAAAUUCAAGUUAUUAUUAUUAUUACUAUUAUUAUUAGUUGUUGUUGUUGAUGUUGUUGUUUAGUCAUUUAGUCGUGUCCGACUCUAUGUGAACCCAUGGACCAGAGCACGCCAGGCACUCCUGUCUCCCACUGCCUCCCGCAGUUUGGUCAAACUCAUGCUGGUAGCUUCGAGAACACUGUCCCACCAUCUCGUCCUCUGUCGUCCCCUUCUCCUUGUGCCCUCCAUCUUUCCCAACAUCAGGGUCUUUUCCAGGGAGUCUUCUCUUCUCAUGAGGUGGCCAAAGUCUUGGAGCCUCAGCUUCAGGAUCUGUCCUUCCAGUGAGCACUCAGGGCUGAUUUCCUUCAGAAUGGAGAGGUUUGAUCUUCUUGCAGUCCAUGGGACUCUCAAGAGUCUCCUCCAGCACCAGAAUUCAAAAGCAUCCAUUCUUCAGCGAUCAGCCUUCUUUAUGGUCCAGCUCUCACUUCCAUACAUCACUACUGGGAAAACCAUAGCUUUAACUAUACAGACCUUUGUUGGCAAGGUGAUGUCUCUGCCAUAUUAUUAUUAUUAUUAUUAUUAUUAUUAUUAUUAUUAUUAUCUGAUGGCAGUAUUCAGCUUCUGAUAUAGAGGAACAGAGAACAGUGCAAUAGAUAUUUAGCAACCCGAAGAGCUAAAAACUUGACAUUUGUUUUGUUUUCUUGCUGGAAGCUGUGCUUCUCAGGGUGCAAAACGUUUCUGCCCAGUCAAGAGACUUGCGGAACAAUCUGUGUUGCAGCUACACUGAGUCACCAUCCUUGUUAUUUUAGAAUUCUGCUUCUCAACUCUCCUUGAAUGGAGUCGCUUCAGCGAAUGCCCAGCAAAUAUUUACUGCAAAGAGGAAAUAGGAUGCUUGCAUCUUUCCAGUUUUGUUUUGUUUUAUUUAAAAAAACGGGAUAAUUCUCAAGGACCUUUUCGGCAAAACCAGUUGGGGUGAAUGGAAGAGCUCUGAUGUGUUCUUGCAGGGACACCAGAUUUCAGUGGAACUUGGCACCUAGCUGCGAACUUCUAUUUGCCCUGAGAAGUUGUCCAAUUUAGCCCAGCUGUUCUGCUGCCUGGAUCCCGGAUGGUGGGCUGAGAUGACAGCUUGCUUUUCCGCAAGCUGCAUUCCUUGAAUACUUCGCAUGCCUAUGAGUCAGAGCCGCAGGCUUGGAACUGAUUCCAGGAAAAGAGACAGUUACUCAUUCAGGAGAUCUGAGCCCACCAGAGAGAAGAGAAAUGAGAUCCUUCGUGGUCCGUGUCCUCACAAACCAAAGUACUGCAGCAAACCAUUUUAUUUGUUUGUUCGCGGUGUUUAUCACCCUAUUUGGAGGUCAAGGUGGCACAUACGGGUCACUUCCUUCCCAUUUUAUCCCAUAUUGUGCAAAAAAAUAUUGUGACUGGUCCAUGGUCACCCAAGUGAGUCCCUUACCUGAAGUGAGAAUUUGAUAUAUAUAUUUUAAAAAAAAUUAUUUUUAAAUUUUUGCUUUUACAACAAACAAUUUUUUAAAAAACAAACAAACCCAUCCAAAAUACAUACAUAGUUUGAAUUCCCUCCCCGCUCCCUUCAUGGUUUCCUCAGAAAUCACUUUCGCUACUGAAUCUCCCCUUGUCGUUCCUUAUAAUUAUUUUUCUCUACAUUCCCAAUAGCUUAAUAGUCAUAACUGCUUGGGUUAAACUAGUCCUGCUAAUGCAGUUAAUUGUUUACCAAAAAAUAAUAAUAAUAAUUCAAAUACUCCCCAUAUUUUCCCCAUUCUUCUUUUAAGAAUUCUUUCCUCUUGCUUCCUUAUUCUUUCAGUAAGUUUCGCCAUUUCUUCAUGGUCCGUUAAUUUCGCCUGCCAUUCCUCCUCGGUAGGGACUGCAUCUUCUCCCCAUCUCUGCGCUUACGUCGUUCCGGCAGCGCAAAGUCAGGAUUCGAACCCUGGUCUCCCGGGGCCUAGUCUGACACUCUGACAACUAACUCCACACUGGGUUUCUCUCUAGUCAUGCCUGAUCAGCAGCCUGGCUUUCUAAAGCCCGGCCGCAAUAUUUCCGAAGCCCAUUGGGAAAGGAAGAGCAACACGGGAAGUGGCCUCGCACUGUCAGACCCUUGGUCCAGCUAGUAUUGUCUGCACUGAGUGGCAGCAGCUGUCUGAGAUCUGAGGCACGUGAGUCUCUUCCCAGCCCUAUGUGGCAAUGCUAUUGGGCAUCGAAGCUGGGGUCUUCCAUGUGCAAAGCAGACGCUCUAGCCACUGAGCUUCAGCCCCUUCCCUACCGUUCCGAUAUUGUUAUUCUGCUGCUCAGCCAACUUUCUUGACCAAGGAAGACUUGCAGAAAUCUUGAAGGGCUUACAGUGUAGAUUUCACCCUGCGAGUCCCUGCAAAGUCCGUGGAACUUGUUGCUCCUAGCAUGGCAUGCUUAGAACUGCAACCUUAAGGACUAUAAACUUGCUAGGUUAUUUUUAACAAAAACCCAAAUGACAAAGUGACGGUCUCGGCCGCCGAGACCAUGCAACACCGGUCCUGAAAGAGCUACGUUGGCUCCCAGUAAGUUUCCGAGCACAAUUCAAAGUGUUGGUGCUGACCUUGAAAGCCCUAAACGGUCUUGGCCCAGUAGACCUGAAGGAGCGUCUCCACCCCCAUCAUUCAGUCCGGACACUGAGGUCCAGCUCUCAGGGCCUUCUGGCGGUUCCCUCCCUGCGAGGAGCCAGGUUAUAGGGAACCAGGCAGAGGGCCUUCUUGGUGGUGGUGCCCGCCCUGUGGAAACGCCCCCCCCCAAAUCAGAUGUCAAGGAAAUAAACAACUAUCUGACGCUUAGAAGACAUCUGAAGGCAGCCCUGCUUAGAGAAGUUUUUAAUGUCUGCUGUUUUAAUGUAUUUUUAAUCUUUUGUUGGAAGCUGCCCAGAGUGGCUGGGGAAACCCAGCCAGAUGGGGUAGAAAUAAUAAAUUGUUGUUGUUGUUGUUGUUGUUGUUGUUGUUGUUGUUAACAAGCCAGGAUUCAUCCUUGAUAUGUAGAAGGACAUGUGGAUCCAGAAUUGGCCUCCACAGUCACUUACGGACUCAUUGUUAAAACCGUGUUUAUGGAAGACAAUCUUACUCAGCUACGAAUGAUCGCCAAAGAAUAAGAAGUAGACAGCCAGGCCAAGACAGAUGAGAGCCUUUUCCGCAACGCCAGUGGGUUUUAUUUAUUUCUUUGUUUUGAAAGAAAGCAACCUGUUCUUCUGUGCCAUUUGGAGAGAGCGUGUGGGAGAUCGCUUUGGUAGGAUUGACGUCUUUUCGGAAAACGCCAAGCCUUUAAGCCGGCAGGAAGCUUCUCUGCGUCUGGAUAGAAUGAGGAAACUGCCAAUUCUUUUCACACACACACGCACACACAAACACACACAACUUUUAGGCGUUUAUGAAACCGUCUCCAUUAGGGUUGCCAUCUCCCACCCCCACCCCCUUUCUGGCUCGGCUCCUGUGCCAUUAAUCAGCAUCUGUUGUUGUUGUUGUUGUUUAGUUGUGUCCGACUCUUCGUGACCCCCUGGACCAGAGCACGCCAGGCACUUCUGUCUUCCACUGCCUCCUGCAGUUUGGUCAAACUCAUGCUGGUAGCUUCGAGAACACUGUCCAACCAUCUUGUCCUCUGUCGUCCCCUUCUCCUUGUGCCCUCCAUCUUUCCCAACAUCAGGGUCUUUUCCAGGGAGUCUUCUCUUCUCAUGAGGUGGCCACAGUAUUGGAGCCUCAGCUUCAGGAUCUGUCCUUCCAGUGAGCACUCAGGGCUGAUUUCCUUCAGAAUGGAUUGGUUUGAUCUCCUUGCAGUCCAUGGGACUCUCAAGAGUCUCCUCCAGCACCAGAAUUCAAAAGCAUCCAUUCUUCAACCAACAUCUAGACAAGUGUAAAAAUACAGAAGGUGUGAACCAGCCUUUGCCAGGAGCCUUUUGCCAGCAGCUCGCCCUCUUGGCGCAACAUACCUCGCAGGGUUGUUGUGGGGGGGCGGUUAUUAAAUGAGAUGGAGGGGAGAGCUACAUACACCACCUUGAGCUCCUUUGGAGGAAAAAGAUGGGGCAUAAAUAAAUUAAAUAAAAGACAUUUCCAGCCCCUGCCAUUGGAGAUUGAACCCAGAACAAUUUAGGCCCAAAUUUGACAUACUACAACUGAAGCUACUGCCAUUUUGCUCCUUUUUCCUGGCGUGGCGGCAAGUGAUGGGAGGAGCUUCACUUGCAAAAGACGUUAGAACAGGACCAGUGAAAAAGAGCAGCUCGGUAAUAAUAAAUAAUAAUAAUAUACCCCGCCCUUCCCUGUUCAAAAGACGGGCUCAGGGCGGCUAACAACAAAUUUAAGACACUUUAAAACACUUAAUUAUAAAAGCAGCACAAGACACAGUACAAAAACAUGAAUAACAAUAAAAAUCAAUUAGAUAAUUAGAUAGCUUGAUGGGUUUCCGAGCCCAGCUUUCUGAUUUUGGAGGGCUGAUCAACCUCUGCCUCCCUCCCCCCCCCCCCCCCAGGCCUGGAUAAUCUCAGGUUUCGAAUCUGGACCAGGUUAGUGCUUCCCUCAGUUAUAGAUCAUUUUUGCAGGGUAUACUCAUCCUAAAUAUAUGGCUCGUCCCAGACAUAACACUGUCCAGGGCUUUGGCAGGGCUGCUUGAAAUGUGGGUCUUAGGAAACACUAGGCGGAUUCCUACUCUAUAAACAUAUGUGUACAUGCUAUAUAUUUAUAUCAGUGUAUAAAAAGAUAAUUAGGGACGUGGGUGGCGCUGUGGGUUAAACCACAGAGCCUAGGACUUGCUGAUCAGAAGGUCGGUGGUUCAAAUCCCCGCGACGGGUUGAGCUCCCGUUGCUCAGUCCCUGCUCCUGCCCACCUAGCAGUUUGAAAGCACGUCAAAGUGCAAGUAGAUAAAUAGGUACCACUCCAGCGGGAAGGUAAAUGGCGUUUCCGUGCGCUGCUCUGCUUCACCAGAAGCGGCUUAGUCAUGCUGGCCACAUGACCCAGAAGCUGUACGCCGGCUCCCUCGGCCAACAAAGCGAGAUGAGCGCCGCAACCCCAGAGUCAGCCACGACUGGACCUAAUGGUCAGGGCUCCCUUUACCUUUACCUUACUAUAAAAACAAACAUUUGCCUGCACUUUUUAAGAGGCUUGGUGGGAAACAUGUGGAGUUCUCGGCUGGCGAAGUUUCCCUUUUGACACCUGCCCCCUACGCUUUUAUUGGCAAAAACUGCAGUUGUGACAUAUAGGGGGGAAUUCUGUAUGCAACGCUCCAUUCGCUUGUGACAUUUGUUGUGAUGGUAGCCAGUGGAAAUCUCUUCUGUUAGUUACGAUAGCAAAAUAGAGCAUCCAUAUUCAGGAGCAGUAGAGCCGCGAAUAUGUGAUGCUGGGAACAAGCAGCAAGGGAGUGACGUGUUUUUUGUGCCCUGCUUGUGGGUUUCCCAGAAGCCAGCUGGCUUGCCCAUGUUGGAAACUGGGUACAGGGCUAGGUCUGACGUGGCGUAGCUUCCGUGCCCCCUGUUCUUACUUAGCAAAAGCGCUCAGUUGGCUGGCAGCAAGAAUGAGCAACCUCUGGCCAGAACUCAAGGAUGAUGAUGAUGAGCCUCACCUGGAACCUUCGUUACAUCCCACUAGGAGCCAAAAACAUCCCUCUUCUCCCAGGCCUGGGGACCACAAUUUGAGAAAGGCAUUGACAAGCUGGAAGGUGAGCAGAGGAGGGCGAUCAAGAUGAUCCAGGGUCUGGAAACCAAGCCUGAUGAGGAACGGUCGAAGGAGCUGGGGAUGUUUAGCCUGGAGAAGAGGAGACUGAGAGGAGAUAGGGUAAAGGUAAAGGGACCCCUGACCCACAGCUUCAAGUUACAAGAAAGGAGAUUCAGACCAAACAUCAGGAACAACUUUCUGACAGUAAGAGCUGUUUGGCAGUGGAACGGUCUCCCUCGGGAGGUGGUGAAUUCUCCUUCCUUGGAGGUUGUUAAGCAGAGGUUGGAUGGACAUCUGUCCUGGAUGCUUUAGCUGAGAUUCCUGCAUUGCAGGGGGUUGGACUGGAUGACUCUAGAAGUCCCUUCCAGCUCUAGGAUUCUAGGAUUUGGGUAAGCAGUCUAUGGCCUUCUAAACUGUGGGUGGGCUAUUGUUUUCGUUUGUUAUUACGGUACGUAUUAAGGCUGGGAUAGCUCCGUUGGUAGAGCACAAGACUCUCGAAUCUCAGGGCUGUGGGUUUGAAUCCCGUGUUGGGCAAAGGCUUCCUGCCUUGCAUGGGGUCAGACUAGAUGGACCGCAGGUUUCCCACCCGUGACUUGCCAGCAAAUGCCACGCCGUCCUGACAUUUCCCUCCGAGCCUCCUCCGAUUUUACAAACUGCCAGCAAAUGUCAGAACCCGUGGAAUUCCUGGCAUUUGAAGCAGCGAGAGAGACCAAUUCCCCAAACAGGUUUCUAGGAAGCCGCGUUCCCCUGGGGGGGGGGGGAGUUCAGUUGGGAAGGAGGAUGGGAUGAAUCACAUUUCCGGCCGGGAAUGUUUGUUUAGCAAGAGACGGAUCGGCGUAUAGUCAGGCUGCAUCAGAGAGAGAACUGAGGAAAGGCAGAGAUCUUUUUGGCGGGUUCUCAUGAACCAUACGUCAGGGGACUUCCUAAUAUGCCGGCGAGGGGAGGGUGUAUCUGGAGAGGCUGGGGCAUGCUUGGAAUAAUAAUAAUAAAUUUUAUUUAUAUCCUGCCAUCCCCAGCCGAAGCCAGGCUCAGAGCAGCUAACAACAGUAAAAUGAUAAAACAUUCUAAAAUCAUUUCAUUAUGAAAUUAAUUCCAGUCAGAUUAAUGGCAACCAUUGGGCUAGAGUUCUGUGAGGAUUGCCAAAGGAGGGAGUCAGGCUGUGCCCUGACCAAAGGCCUGGUGGAACAGCUCCGUCUUGCAGGCCCUGCAGAAAGAUGUCAAGUCCUGCAGGGCCCUAGUCUCUUGGGACAGAGCAUUCCACCAGAUCGGAGCCACAGCUGAAAAAGCCCUGGCUCUGGUUGAGGCCAGCCUAACCUCUCUGUGGCCUGGGACCUUCAAGAUGUUUUUAUUUGAAAACCGUAAGUUCCUCUGUGGGGCAUACCAGGAGAGGCGGUCCCGUAGCUACGAGGGUCCUAGGCCGUAUAGGGCCUUAAAGGUUAAAACCAGCACCUUAAACCUGAUCCUGUACUCCACCGGGAGCCAGUGCAGCUGGUAUAGCACCGGGUGAAUGUGAUGUCGCAGCGAAGACCCCGUAAGGAGUCUCGCCGCAGCAUUCUGCACCCGCUGGAGUUUCUGGGUCAGUCUCAAGGGCAGCCCCACAUAGAGCGAGUUACAAUAAUCCAGUCUGGAGGUGAUCGUCACGUGGAUCACAGUGGUUAGGUCAGGGCGAGAGAGGAAGUUGCCCCCAGAAGUCUGCCUGUUGGGCCAUGUUGCCAACAUCACAAAUAACAUUCUGCCUGCCCAGGUUCUGUCCGAUGGGCCUUCGGCCCUCCCUGAUUGAUAUCCCCAUCUACCCCGUUGGCACUGAAAAACCACCAAUUACUCGUGAGCUCCACUGCUCUGCACUUACCUCCGGACCAUUAACCACCCAGUUUUAUUUACUCUUCCCGUGAUGGAUAGCCCCGGAGGAGAGAGGCAGGCAGCGUCUUUUCCUGGCCUUGCCUUCGUUCUUUGCUUCCAGGGAGCAGAUCGGACGCCAUUUCCCCCCAGCCGGCACCGUUGCCCUCCAGGAAUGGCGUGUGGGUUUUUUGGAAUCGGUUGGAAGGAAAGCAGCUAAGGUUUCAGAGAUGGAUGUGCCCACAGAAAUUCUAAUGACCUCAAGCAUGGCUCGGUGACUGAGAAUACGCCUAGGGAACGGGGGAACGGAUUUGGGAUUCAAUAUACUUUCUUGGGCUCCAUGAUCACUGCAGAUGGUGACAGCAGUCACGAAAUUAAAAGACGCCUGCUUCUUGGGAGAAAAGCAAUGACAAACCUAGACAGCAUCUUUAAAAAAAUCACCUGGCCAACAAAGGUCCGCAUAGUUAAAGCUCUGGUUUUCCCAGUAGUGAUGUAUGGAAGUGAGAGCUGGACCCUAAAGAAGGCUGAUCGCCGAAGAAUGGAUGCUUUUGAAUUAUGGUGCUGGAGGAGACUCUUGAGAGUCCCAUGGACUGCAAGAAGAAAGACUUUGGCCACCUCAUGAGAAGAGAAGACUCCCUGGAAAAGACCCUGAUGUUGGGAAAGAUGGAGGGCACAAGGAGAAGGGAACAACAGAGGACGAGAUGGUGGGACAGUGUUCUCAAAGCUACAAACAUGAGUCUGACCAAACUGCGGGAGGCAGUGGAAGACAGGAGUGCCUGGCGUGCUCUGGUCCAUGGGGUCACGAAGAGUCGGACACGACUAAACGACUAAACAACAACAACAUGCAUUUGCAGAUCUACCUGCGUCACGCUUUCCAGCUCCGAUGGGCAAAUCGAAACCCGGGAUCCUUUCGCAAGUUGCUCUCCUUUCAAUUCUGCAAUGCGGUUUUCUGGCCAAAAAGCAUGUGCCUAAAAGGCGCUUAGUCCAGGGUCAAAUGAGCUUGUAAAUGCAUAUGUAUCCAUGAAACUAGCCUUCCCAAAUUCGUUACAUUUGGGGAAAUCGCUUUGCAAAAACGUGUAAAAAUGAGGCUAAACUGCAUAGAAAAAUGUGAGUAAGUUUGGAGAAAUUGGCGGUAAAACGCUGAUGAGUUCACAAGGACCUAUUUCUUUUAAUUAAUUUAUUACCAUCUAUGGAAGUCGUAAGGACUUGGGGGAGGGAAGGAAUCACAAACUAAUGAGAUAAUGUGGAGCAAAUUUGACAUUUUGGCCCAGGGAGGUUCUGAGAGAGAGAGAGAGAGAGAGAGAGAGAGAGAGAGAGAUAUACACACACACACACACACACACACACACACACACACACACACACAUAUUUCCCGCUCUAAAGAGCUACACUGUCUCCCAGUAUGUUUCCAAGCACAAUUCAAAGUGUUGGUGCUGACCUUGAAAGCCCUAAACGGCCUCAAAGGCCCAGUAUAUCUGAAGGAGCGUCUCCACCUCCAUUGUUCUGCCCGGACACUGAGGUCCAGCGCUGAGGGCCUUCUGGCUGUUCCCUCCCUGCGAGAAGUGAGCUUACAGGGAACCAGGCAGAGUGCCUUCUUGGUGGUUGCACCUGCCCUGUGAAACACCCUCCCGCCAGAUAUCAAAGAGAAAAAUAACUACCAAACUUUUAGAAGACAUCUGAAGGCAGCCCUGUUCAGGGAAGCUUUUAAUGUUUAAUAGGUUACUGUAUUUUAGUGUUUUGUUGGAAGCCGCCCAGAGUGGCUGGGGAAACCCAGCCAGAUGGGCAGGGUAUAAAUAAUAAAAUAUUAUUAUAUUGUUAUUAUAUAAUUCCCGCUGCGCUUUCUCCCACCAGGACCUUCUCAAGCACACGCCCGAAGCCCACCCCGACCACCCGUUCCUGAUGGAAGCUCAAAGGAGCAUCAAACAGGUGGCUGAGAGGAUCAACAAAGGGAUGAGGAGCGCCGAAGAGGUGGAACGGAACGCCCGAAUUGUGCAAGAGAUUGAGUCGCAUAUAGAAGGAAUGGAGGAUGUAAGAUUUGCCAAGCUGCUUUCUUGAAUGUGUGCUGCUUUGGGGUGGGGGUAGGGAUACGUCUAUGAACACAUAGGGCAGGGGGGCUUCUCUGCUGAGGACCACAUCACCCAGACGUCAUGGGUCGGGUUCCAGUAGCGGGCCAGUCUUAUUGCACAAAAUCAAACACGCAUGUGGAAACAGAGGUCUGUGUGUUUAAUUCUAAGUAACUCCCUCAGAUUUCACCUUUUUUCUCCCUUUUUUAUCGUUGAGGUUUGUAAGCAAGGCUUUCCCAACACACUUCACCUAUCCUAAUCGCGCCCCCCGCAAAUGUCCGGGGGAAAAGGGGACACUCGCAAGAGAACAGGGAGGUUGUUUUGGGGUGCUGUGAUCUUGCAUGAUUUCGUGCCAAGAUCUUGCCUUGAAAAAGCGUUUUCCCUACCCAAAAAAAGGGUGCCGAGGGGUCUGCAAUAUUGUGCAGUACCCCAAAACACGCAUGCAAGCGUGUCCCUGGAAAAUGCGCGUCAUUUGGGUACUGUGAUCUCGCACGGAUCCAUAGCUGUCAACUUUUCCCGUGUCUUGCGAGGAAUCCUAUUCGGAAUAAGGGAAUUUCCCUUUAAAAAGGGGAAGCGUUGACAACUAUGCACGGAUCGCAUGACUCAUGCAGGAGCGCGGGCAGGAAGAUGCACACCCUGUUUUGGGGACUCGAGAUGUUGAAGGGAAUGCAGUUGUACGGAAAGCACUGGGCAAACCCAGCCUAAGAAUGCCAGUAAGGCUGAACAGAAAGCCUUUGUGCUGGUCCCGAGGGUUAACCGUGCGGCAAGGUCCGAGUCCAGUUCGAGCUCGAGGGUGCGGUAUGGAGGCUGUCCGUCAAAGCUAAAGCUGGGUCCAAGGCAGGGAGUCGGGUGAGGCCAGGAACUCUGGCAGAAGAGCAGGACAGGGCUCAGGCAGGAACAGGCUACCAACAAUGUUGCUCCCGCAACCUGGGACUGGGCUGGCUGGCUUUUAUCUGCCCCGAGGCAUAGGGUGGCCCCGGUCCACAGGUGACUCACCUCUCCUGGCCUGGAGGCGAGCACUCCUCCUGCGGGAACUUAGUUCCCUCUGCCUCUCUGCGCUGAGCCUCUGCAGCUCAGGAGAGGAUGGAGGGUGACCGGACCCAGAGGCAACCUCAGCUUCCCCUGACGGGGCUGAGAGUGGAGCACCUGCAGGCAAUGGGUCCUCCAUCACCUCAGGAGCCAGAGCAGACUCACCUGGUGCCUGCACCUGAGGAUCCAGCACAGGUGAGGACCCUUUAGGCUCAUUCCCUCAGCUGGUUCUGGAGGCGGGGACUCCUGUGCAGGCUGGGAUUCCUCAGGUUCAGCCUCUGAGUCCGAAUCCCAGGCCAUCACAGCCUUACUUUAAAGGCUUUAAAAGCUGUAAAAAGCCUCAAACUUCAAAAUGCAAUUGCUCCCCCCCCCCCAAAAAAAAAUUCCACGUAUGCAGUUGCAAAGUUCGUUGCAUAUUUGCAAGGAGCACGAGUCUGCUGCCAAAUUUCCCCCUUGGCCUUCCUUCUUGCAGAGGAAGGAGCAGAAAUUGUACACUUGGUGCCAAAUCCCUUUUCCCACCCACCUGGUCACAGGGAAGGGACCCUGAGGGCUGGAUGAAUUUCAGCCGCAUCUGGCUUACCUAUCCCUGGUGUAAAUGAAUCUGGAAAUGUACAUGUUCUCUGUUCUUUCAGAUGCUUAUUUUUGACUACCCUAGGUUUCCAUCAUUGUGUCAAGACAUUUGGGCUCCUUUCAGCCAGAGUCAGAGCCAUGUGCAAAGAGAGAUGGAGAGUGGAAAUUUAAUUUUGGUUUCCCGGUCCUCACCACCUUGCCCCCUCCCUCUCUCGGUGUUCCCCCUCUAGAGGACAAAAGUCUGUGUCACGCUGGAAAGUGACCAAGAGAUGGAAGGAGAUGCUAAAUUGUUUGUUUCCUAGCUUUAUUUCCUGCCUUUCUAACCAAAGCACUAGAGGUGGUUUACGUUUUGACCUGCAAUCUACAGGACGUAAUAUGAAAUGGAAAGGGGAUAAAAAAAUAAGAGCUUUUAUACAUUCCCAUAAUGGCCAGUUGGAAUUAUCACUGGAGGUGGGGCGGUUUGGGGAGGGGUGGCAUCUAGAAGGCACCUUUCCCCGUCCUAAAGUCAGGUCGCCAUAAUCCCUAAGCCUGAUGGAAAAACUGAUUUUGGUUAAUGCCAUUCAUAAUCUCCCUCGGGAAUAAUUUUAUGGGGACAUUUGGCUGGAAUAACCACUGUCGACUGCUCCGACUACAUGCAUGCCGGGGACCAGCAAGUCACAGGGGUGGGGCUUGUUCGGGGGGGCUAUCUAUUUUGUGUCCAGGUCAGCUGUCUACCAGCUCUAUCUGGUACGCAGGAUGAGACCCUACCUGUCCGUGGACUGUCUGGCCAGAGUGGUGCACGCUCUGGUUAUCUCCCGCUUGGACUACUGCAAUGCGCUCUACGUGGGGCUACCUUUGAAGGUGACCCGGAAACUACAACUAAUCCAGAAUGCGGCAGCUAGACUGGUGACUGGGAGCGGCCGCCAAGACCACAUAACACCAGUCUUGAAAGACCUGCAUUGGCUCCCAGUACUUUUCCGAGCACAAGUCAAAGUGUUGGUGCUGACCUUGAAAGCCCUAAACGGCCUCGGCCCAGUAUAUCUGAAGGAGCGUCUCCACCCCCAUCGUUCAGCCUGGACACUGAGGUCCAGCUCCAAGGGCCUUCUGGCGGUUCCCUCACUGCGAGAAGAGAAAUUACAGGGAAUUAGGCAGAGGGCCUUCUCGGUGGUGGCACCCGCCCUGUGGAACGCCCUCCCAUCAGAUGUCAAGGAAAUAAGCAACUAUCUGACUUUUAGAAGACAUCUGAAGGCAGUCCUGUUUAGGGAAGUUUUUAACGUUUGAUGUUUUAUCGUGUUUUUAAUAUUCUGUUGGGAGCCGCCCAGAGUGGCUGGGGAAACCCAGCCAGAUGGGUGGGGCAUAAUUAUUAUAUUAUCUUGCUUCGCCACACUGUCACAACUGAUAAGUCAGUGAUAAGAUCCCCCUUGGGCCUUUGGUGACAUCCCUAAAUCGCUCUGAUUCCUUGUGUCUCCCCAGCUUCAGGCCCCACUGCGGAGAUUCUUACGCCAGGAAAUGUUAGUGGAAGUGGUAAGAGAACCCUCCGUGAUCUGUCUUAUUUUGCAAGUCGUAGUCAGCUUUUUAAAUGAAUGUUGCAUAUUUUUCCUCGUUUUGUUUGGGAGGGUCUACGCAAACGGUUUCUGUGAGCUGAACAGCCCCGGGUGCAACGCAGGAUCAGAACCCCAGCUUGCUCAUUCCCUCACCAAAAGCAAUUUUUUAAAAAAUAAAAAACCGAUCCUAAUGACUACUGGAAGUGUAAACAACUUUGGUCGGCGCUCACGCAUGUUCACUUUAUCAAAUCUGGCCCUCUUUGAAAAAAGUUUGGACACUCCUGAUAGAUGGUUCUUUCAUAUGUGGUGGACUUGCAAGAAAGCAAGGGAAUUUUGGGAAAUGAUAUAUGACGAGAUAAAAAAGAUGUUUAAAUUGAUUUUCCGAAAAAGAAAAACUGAAACUUUUCUUCUAGGGAUUAUAUGUACAGAAGUUCCAAAAAGAUGGUUAAGUUGUUCAUGUAUGUAAGUACAGCAGCGAGGAUCUGUUAUGCACAAAAAUGCUGAAUGAGUUAAAUCAGUUAAAAUAAGAGAACUUGAUGAUGAUUGCUUUAUGGAAGAACGGAAGCCUUUUUUCGAACUAUUUAAAGAAAUACUAGGGUAGGAUAAAUUCGUGAUCAGGAUUUGAACUAGGAGCAGCAGAAGGAAUUAGAGAUUAUUGUAUUAAUAUUGUGAUAUAAUAGAGGGAAGAUAGGGUGCAGCAAGGGGGAGGAAUAAAAAAAAUUGGAAAAUGGGAUGGGAAGUCGACAAGACAGAAGAAAAAUCUAUUAUGUAUUGGAAGGCUUAUGUGAAAUUUCUGGAAAUUUAAUAAGAUAUAUCUAAAUAUAAAAAGGUGAAAGUACCCCUGACUGUUAGGUCUAGUCGCGGACGACUCUGGGGUUGCGGCGCUCAUCUUGCUUUACUGGCCGAGGGAGCCGGCGUUUGUCCGCAGACAGCUUCCGGGUCACGCGGCCAGCAUGACUUAGGUUGUGGCGAACCAGAGCAGUGCACGGAAACGCCAUUUACCUUCCCGCCGGAGUGAUACCUAUUUAUCUACUUGCACAUGACGUGCUUUCGAACUGCUAGGUUGGCAGGAGCAGGGACAGGGCAACAGGAGCUCACCCCGUCGCUGGGAUUCCCAAGAGGCUCAGUGGUUUAGACCACAGCGCCACCCGCGUCCCUGUAUCUAAAUAUAAAGGUAAAGGGAACGCUGACCAUUAGGUCCAGUCAUGGCCGACUCUGGGGUUGUGGUGCUCAUCUCGCUUUACUGGCCGAGGGAGCCGGCGUACAGCUUCCGGAUCAUGUGGCCAGCAUGACUAAGCCGCUUCUGGCGAACCAGAGCAGCGCACGGAAACGCCGUUUACCUUCCUGCCGGAGCGGUACCUAUUUAUCUACUUGCACUUUGACGUGCUUUUGAACUACUAGGUUGGCAGGAGCAGGGACUGAGCAACGGGAGCUCACCCCGUCGCGGGGAUUCGAACCGCCGACCUUCUGAUCGGCAAGCCCUAGGCUCUGUGGUUUAGACCGCAGCGCCACCUGCGUGCCUAUAUCUAAAUAUAAAAACAGAGGUUAUCAGGAAACCGAAUUUGUUAUCUCGUAUCUCAAGUCCCUGGCUUGUUCCCCCCACCCUUGUGCUUUUGCAGAAUUUAGGCUGUAAACGCAGAACCUAUAUUUCAGCUGCCUUGGGACUCCCCAAGACUUUUGGGGUUUGCUUUUUAGACAGAAGCAACCUCCCUCCUUUCUUUUCCCCCCACCACACCGCAGAACAUUUUCCCCGGCUCCCGGUGCUGUGAGGGGGAGAUAACAAUCAAAAUUCCCCCAGCCAAGCGUGUGGCACCCUGCGUUGCCAUGUCAACCCCGGGAGCUGGAAAUCCAAAUAAACAGGCCCCCUUCCGCACAAAAGGCCUUGCAGAUCAUGUUGGAUGGCAGCGUGGCCACGAACAGCCAGUCGUGUCUGCCGCCGCCCCAGCCUCCUGUCACCUUAUAACUAAAUUUUCAGCCAUUGUCUGCAGAGCGAAGGCGGCGUACGAAACACAUCCAAUCAAAAAAAUGCAAAAAGGAAGGAUUGCGUUCCCUCGGCAAGCCUUUUUAUUUCACGAAGCUGCAGUUUGGGGAGAGGGUAGUAAAAUCUCUAUUAAUUAGGGAUGAAUUAAAUUGAAAACGAUGGGGAGAGCUGCGGUGUUUUAAUGCGUGAUACGUUAGCGAUGCCCACGCAGAUUUUGGGUGGAAUUAAAAGUGCGCGUAGUUUUAUUUCUCUGUUCCCUGCGGUGGUUGGGGUUAGGUUUAUUAUGCAACCGAGUAACGACCACCGCUGCCUCUCUGAUGGCCGGGAAUAAAAUUAAAUAUUGUGCAAGGAGGCCGUGUGGGGUUUCCCCUCUGGGUUUGGGGGGUGACAGUUAGUUUGGAGCAGAGGGGGAGGCAUGUCUUAUCUCCCCUGACCCCCUCACCACAUAGCUGCUUUCCUGGUAAAAGUUGCUAGGGGCCAUUGUUUUGCUGCCACUUCUCUCCACGCUGAGCUGCUAACAGCAACACCGGGGAACAAUUUUUUUUUCAUUUUCUGUUGCAUGACAUUUUUGUCUACUUGAAGAAGCCAUAGUCCGAUCUGAAAAAUACAAAUAUUGAGGUUAAAAAGCUAUAAAAAUAAAGAAAAAUUAAGUUUGCAAAACAGUAAUUACCAUGUGGUUAGGGUAGAUCAACGUGUCAGUGUACACUUAUCCCCAGUGUAAAUAUGACAUAUCGACAAAAGUCGGAAAUUGAAAGAUAACUAUAGCACAUACACGAAAAUUGAUUUCAGAUUUGAAAUCAGCAUUGAAAGAACAUGUAUACUGUGUAUCCCAAGGGAAUGCAUUUUUUUCCAUACCUCCAACUGUAAAUAGAUAUACAUGUCAUUUUCAAUGCUAUGCAUGUCAUGUUCAAUGCUAUAUAAGUCACUUACAUUUAUACUCAUAUUGUACUACAGUGGCUAUGUGUUUAAUAAAAUAUUGAAUUCUUGCAUUGUGAAAAACAAAGAUUAUGGUGAAAAGUGAAAAACAUGAAUUGCAAAAAAACCUAGAGCUUACAGAACAAAACCAACUUCAGAUAUGAAAUCAGCACGUCGAAAUUAGGUUAGAACAACUGCAGGUGUCAAUGCAACAAAAAUUUUGUUUCCCUCUGUAAUAAUAGCAGCACACUGCUUUUCAGCCAAAGAUCUCAGGGCGGUUUGCAGCGUAAAAAAUGCAAGAUGUAAGCACAAAAUACACAAUAAAAACAAGAGCGAAAGCAAAACACAACCAAUCACCCCCUUCCCACAAAGGACAAUUGCCAUGAUCCCAUAGAAUAUCCAGGAGCAAAGCAAAGGGGAAGGCUCAAAUAUGGAAUAUUCACAAAGAGCACCUUUUCCUGCUACGCAAGUAAAAUGGCGGCUUUGCCAUGGGAGAAACUAACAUGGGAGCAUAAGGGAAGGAGAGGCGGUACCCUGUUUUUUGUUUAAUUUUCAUAAAGUUUACACACCGCUUGAUUGCUAAAGAAAGAAAAAAACCUCCUCAAAGCGGUUUAUAAUGAAAUUUAGGGAUGCGGGUGGCGCUGUGGACGAAACCACUGAGCCUCUUGGGCUUGCUGAUCGGAAGGUUGGUGGUUCAAAUCCCCACGACGUUGCUCUGCCCCAGCUCCUGCCAACCUAGCAGUUCGAAAGCACACCAGUGCAAGUAGAUAAAUAGGUACCACUGCAGCGGGAAGGUAAAUGGUGUUUCUGUGUGCUCUGGGCCCGGGACCUCUAAACUAUGGUUUUCAUGGACCUUAAAGUCCUCUGUGGGGCAUACCAGGAGAGGUAGUCCUGUAAAAACCACUUAAUAAAUGCAGGGCUCUUUGGCCCAAUGUGGGACUCGAACCCACAACCCUGAGAUUAUAAGAGUCUCUUGCUCGACCGACUGAGCUGUCCCAGCCUGACCUCUCCUGUGUCUUGUUGCAGAAGGCCGUGGGCGGGAAGAAGGACCGCUCGCUUUUCCUCUUCACAGAUCUGCUCGUCUGCACCACCCUGAAACGCAAGUCCGGGUCCUUGCGGCGAAGCUCCAUGAGCCUGUAAGUGACUGACCCCCAAAGCCCACCGGAAGUUGCUGUGCGAUUGACGGCUCGAGGGACAUGUCUGCGAUGGACUGGGGGGGGAACCAGCUGGGGAACCCCCAAGGGAAGAAGGGUCAGAUCCCGGGGAUUGGUGGUGGGACAAUGAUGAGUGGUCAGAGGGAGAAGACCAGGAAGAGGAAGCGUUGGAAGAUGGAGAGGGAACAGGGCUUAGUGAGCGGGGAGAUUCUAUGGCAGAGAGGCGGCCAGAAUUAGAGGCAGAAGCAGGAGAGGAGGAAGCCAAGAGGAGUCUGCUGAUGAAGAGUCACGGGUGUCUGUGGGAAUGUUCAGGGAGGCAGGAGAGGAUAUACCGUAGUUACAAAGGACAGGCAUCUUAUUAGGAGCCAGACUGUUUCUCGGCUCCCACGGGGACCAUUUCUAUCCAUAAGGCAUGGGCCCAAACCACGCCCGCCUGCCCCACACCUGAUGUCAGGGGUGGGUUAGCCAGAGAUGUGGCUGCCAGUGAAUAACCACUGUGGCAUAACCGGGGGUGCGUGGUAGCCCCACGGCAGCUGGGAUAAAUUAAUAAAUUAGCAUGGAGUUCUCCAUUGGGAAUUCUGUCACACGGUCAGUGCUGAGUUCGAGUCCUGCUUUCAGCAGGGGUUGGCUGUUCUUUGCAGUUCCCCAUCGGGAACUGCAGGAUCCAGCUCAACGCCUGGGAAAGGCCCCACCUCUAGUAUUGAAUUGCGCACACCUGAAAUGCAGCAAAAAUAAAAAUAAUAAAAAAAAUAGGGUCCAUCUCAGCCAUAGCUGUCAACUUACAGAUUUGAAAAUAAGGGACCAGCAGCCUUGAAAAUAAGGGACCAGCAGCCUUGAAAAUAAGGGAUCAGCAGCCAAAAUAAGGGAUUUUGCUUAGCUUAUUCUCGUCGGGGUUGCCGUCGUCCUGGCGCGAGGAGUUCCAUCGGCCCUUUCCCGCUCGAGAGAGAGGGAGGGAGGAAGAGAGACUCUCGCCUGCGAGCCCGGCAUGAGGCGGUUGCGUUGCCGCGGUGGCCGCUGAUGCGCCGCCCUUCUGCGUCCCUCCCCAUCCCCUCCUCUUCCUCCUCCCUCAUACUGCCUCCUCAGCCGCCUCCGGCUUCCUCUGGCAGCGCGGCGGAAGUCUCACAAGAGAGGCGCUGCCUGCCCGCCCGCCGCCACCCUUCUCCUCACGACGCGCCCCUGAGGGGAAAAAGGGAGAGACGGAGACGCGGCAGCUUGUGCGCGCACUCUCUCGUGGCGGAGGACCCCGAGCCGCCGCUUCCCUCCCGAGCCGGGCGAGCAUGAAACCCGGGAAAUUUAAGGGACAUCAUCAAUCCAGGACAGCAGUGGGAAACAGCGUUGGGAUAAGGGAGUUUCCCGCCAAAUAAGGGACGGUUGACAGCUAUGAUCUCAGCCAAGAAUGCACAAUUGGCAGUCAAGUGUGCCUUAUAUUGGAGGCAUCUCAGAAAUCUAGGUUUUGCACAUAAGUUAGAAAAUUGACUAGGCCCUGCCCACAAGCUUAGCAUCUUGAUCAAGGGAAGAAAGAAGACUUAAAAUCUAAAUGGAAGGUGUUCGUCUCUAAAAUAGGCCAACAAGGCCACUUAGUGGUUGCAGUCAGUACUGCUCCCGUUCUUAGUGUUACGUGAUUUUUCUUUGCAGUUACACAGCAGCCAGUGUGAUCGACACAGCCAGCAAGUACAAAUUGCUCUGGAAAUUUCCGCUGGAAGACCUGGACAUUGUGAAAGGUCUGUUGCCGUCGGUGUUGUUCCCUUUCAGAAUUCAUAAACAUCUCUGCGUCCAGAGGAUACCCAAGCGUUGUUCAGAAACAGAAGUCUAUAAAACACAAUGCAGACAAUAAAACAGUAUUGAAACGUACGAACCUACAGGGAUUUAAAGCUGCAGAAAUAAAAUGAAUAUGUUUUGCAGGGAGGCUUAAGAGGAAACCUUGAAUGUAGCUCAGCGGCAUUGGCAGCUGAUGGAACAUUUUGAACAGCAGUACCUCGGUUUUCGAACGUCUCUGUUGACGAAUGUUUUGGUUUUUGAACGCCAUAAACCUGGAAGUUAAUGCUUCGGUUUUUGAACACUAUUCAGAAGUAGGACAUGCCAUGCAUUUCAAUGCAGUGGUACAUAUGCUUCAGGUUACAGAUGCUUCAGGUUACAGACUCCGCUAACCCAGAAAUAGUGCUUCAGGUUAAGAACUUUGCUUCAGAAUGAGAACAGAAAUCGUGCUCCGGCGGCGCAGCAGCAGCAGGAGGCCCCAUUAGCUAAAGUGGUGCUUCAGGUUAAGAACAGUUUCAGGCUAAGUACGGACCUCCGGAACGAAUUAAGUACUUAACCUGAGAUACCACUGUACACAGUUUUCCGUAUUGAGGCUUUCGUAUUGAGUUUUCGGUUUCUGAACAUCUCGGAACUCAAACGGUCUUCCGGAACAGAUUACAUUUGAAAACUGAGGGACGCAGCAGAGUUUUGCACGAGCUGCAACUUCUAUAUCAAGUUGUUGCCGUGCCGUGUGGCUCAUGAUCGUCAGUCGAGAACAGCAACCAGAACCUUUAGAAACACACAGUUUGCUUGCCACCACCUCAUGCCCACUUUAAAUUAGGGUUCGUCAAUUUAAAGUGAAGGGUAUCACUAGCAUAACUGGUGCAAGGAAUACAGUAAUUCAAGGAUUAUCGCCGCUGAUCUUCCACGUGGCGUAACCGCUUGCCGCAUUUUUAAACCUCCAAAUGGUGCUAUAUAAAGUCAGUGUUUCGUGUUAUGUCAGAACAAGCCAUAGAUACUGAGAAAUGCAGCUGGCUUAGAUCUCCAGCCUCCUUGCCUGAGACAAACGCGGUGUGAUGUGUGAUUUCUGUCCAUCUCCAGGGGCUUCUCAAUCGCCCAAUCGUGAGAGCAUCCAGAAAGCCAUCUCCCGCCUGGAUGAAGACCUCAGCACCCUUGGCCAAGUCAGCAAGCUUUCAGAGACCCUCAGCUUCCCACAUCAGGUGAGAACCAUCAAGGUUGUCGGGGCAAGUACAGGCGUUUUGUAAAAUUAAUAAUAAUAAUAAUAAUAAAAUUUAUUUAUAUCCCGCCCUCCCCAGCCAAAGCCAGACUCAGAGCGGCUAACAACAAUAAAAGUAACACAGUUUACAUAAAAUCACAAUCAAUUAAUUGAAAUACAUUCUAAAAUCAGUUCAGAAUCAAAUUAAUAGCAACCAUUGAGCUAGAGUUCUAUGAGGAUUACAGAAGGAGGGGGUCAGACUGUGCCCUGGCCAAAGGCCUGGUGGAACAGCUCUGUCUUGCAGGCCCUGCGGAAAGAUGUCAAGUCCCAUAGGGCCCUGGUCUCUUGUGACAGAGCGUUCCACCAGAUCGGGGCCACAGCCGAAAAAGCCCUGGCUCUGGUUGAGGCCAGCCUAACCUCCCUGUGGCCCGGGAUCUCCAAGAUGUUUUUAUUUGAAGACGGUAAGGUCCUCCGUGGGGCAUACCAGGAGAGGGUGCUAGGCCAUUUUUAGUUCCAAUUAUCUCUAACAAGACCAUCAGAAUGGCUUCCAUUUCUCUCUCUCUCUAUACACACACACACACACACACACAAAUAUAUAUAUAGUGUGUGUGUGUUAUUUUUAUUAAAUUUUCUGUUUCAUAAUUGAAAAUAUUCAUUUAAACAACCUUAAAAUAUCAAUGACUUCUUCUCUUUCCAUGGUUCAUUUUUCAUAUCACAAAUCCCUGCAUAUUUUACAUAAACUAUACCAUUCAGUAUUCCAUUGCUUUUGUUGUUUAGUCGUGUCCGACUCUUCAUGACCCCAUGGACCAGAGCACGCCAGGCCCUCCUGUCUUCCACUGCCUCCCGCAGUUUUCUAGUAUUCCAUAAUUACAUCCAUCAAAACUUAUUUACACUGUUGAAUUUAUAUUAACGCUGCCAACAUUUUCAGGUGUACAUGACUCCCCCCCCCCCCAUAUAUUCAGUAAACGUUUCUCUAAUCUUCUUUAAACGUAUGUUCUUCUCUUAUUCUAUAUGUUAAGUCUGCAAGCUGCGCAUAUUCUGUCAACUUAAGUUGCCAUUCUUCUUUGGUUGGGACCUCGCUCAUUUUCCAUUUUGGGUUUAAUGGAAAACGAGCCGCAGUAGCGGCAUACACAAAUAAAGGUUAUUUAUGUAUGCCAUUUAAAGAUUAAAAUAUACCAACUCUAAAAGUCACAAACCAAAAAGGCAGCAGCAUUUAAACCUCCACAAAUGCGUUCCAGAAAGAAAGAAUAACUUAGCAACCGUCUAAAAUCAGGAAAAUUUUAGUCACAUCAUCUGUGGUGCCUCCACCGAAAAGGCCCUGUCCUUGAUGCCUUCCAGUUGGGUCACCUCUAAAUGUGGAGCUUGGAAAUCAAAGGUCUGAUCCCAACCCAGUUGAUAAGGGCUAAAGGUUGCCCUUACAGGCUUGUGGGCUGUUGCGACUGCAUAAGAUGGACUGGAAACUUGCUGCCGCAGAGUUGUAUUCCACAAAGUCCAUGGCGUUCUCCCAGCUAAUGCCAGCAUUUGUGUUCACUCACCCUCAGAGCCUGGACGACGUCAUCAAGGACCUGAUGGCCGCCAUCCAUCGCGAGUUGGCGGAGAAGCAGUCUCUUUCCUUCACCCAGUCUUUCCCGCCCAACAAAAUGGAACUCACGGCGACCAAGGCGGACGGCACGGAGUCCUACAUCUUUGAGUUCCCCAACCCAGACGCGCGACAUAGCUUUGAGCAAGCCUUCGAGGACACCAAAAAGAAACUAGGUCUUUGUCUUGAGUGUUUUGGGGUUUUGUUUUUUGAUAUUGUAGGGGUUUUUUUACUGCUUUACACUGUUUCAAUGUUUUGGGGUCGGGAGCACGUAGUAAAGCGCCCAGAGGACUCUUGUUACGGAGCAGCCGCACACGUCAUGCGGUUAAUAAAACUCAUAAUGUUUGGCACAAGAGCACUACUUGAUGGCCCAUCCCUGCACAUAGAAAAUUAGCGUGCCAGUAUGAAGCUGAAGUCUGUCUCCCUGACAUGCUAGCUUUCUGUGUGUGUGGAUUUAUAUUUUUAGGGGGGGACAUUGGGUAACUUGAGUCAUAGCUGUCAAGCGUCCCUUAUUUGGAGGGACAGUCCCUUAUCCCAGUGCCAUGUCCCACUGCUGUCCCUUAUUGAUGGGUGUCCCUUAAAUUUCCCGGGUUUCAAAGGAAGCAGCUCCUCUCCCUCCCUCCCUGCCGGCCAGGGAGGAGGGAGGCUCCAACUGUGUUGCUUGGCUGCCCCGCCUGCCCCCCUCCGGCCUCCUCUCACCAGCCUCGGCCCCUGGGAGCCCCUCCCCGCUGGGACUGGCAGGAGCCUUGGGCCCUUCUGCCGCCAUCCUCCUUGUGGCUGCCGAACUGAGCGUCUCUGCCUGGGGCCUCCCCUCUGCCCGUCGCCCCCGCUCCCACAAGGCCUUAGUGCAGCUGUGCCGCCAAAGGACCCGGAUGAGAUGGCCAGCCUGGCAUGGUCUAUGAAUUGCUGAGGAGCCUUGAGAGGAGAGCAAGGGCAACCACAGAGAAAGCAGUUCAGAGAGAGGAGGGGGAGGCGGAGGUGCGGGCAGGUGUUCCAAGGGCUACAAGGGAAGGACCGCAAGCGCUUCUCCCCUAGAUUUGUAGUGGUAGAUUAGCAUAGAUGGUCUGAUCUGCGGGUUUACUUUGGGCGCCAUUCCCCCCCCUUCCUCCUGCCCCGCCUGAUGGAACUGAGAGCUGCAGAUGGAGCACGAGAGAAAAGAUACAGAACUGCAGCAGCAUCUUCGUAGCUUGGACUUCAUUUUGCGCAAAAAGUGGUUACUGCUUGUAGUUAUUUAAUUGCAGUGUUUCAUCAGCUGGUGUCUUGAGCAGCAACCUCUGGAAACGAAGGGCUAAAAACCGGCGCUGCUCUCCAAAAUGAUCUGGUCCCUUUUAACUUCGUACUUCAGCUGGUUGACUAAAAUCCCUUAUUUUGGCUGCUGAUCCCUUAUUUUCAAGACUGCUGGUCCCUUAUUUUCAAAUCUGUAAGUUGACAGCUAUGGCUUGAGCUCAGUCUGAACUGCAGGUAGAGCCUCUGCACAAGUUAUCUUCCUCAUCUGCCUCUUUAGGCCUUUAGAAGUAGUUCUGAAGAGAGAGGUUAGCCAAAAAAUGUGCUGUCGUGCUCCUCCCUCAACCUAGAGUUCAACCCAAGACAUACUCUGUCUUGCCUCUUCCUCUAUAUGGAGGGGCUGAUCUGGAACAUAAAUAGGUGUGGGGGGUUUUCCCCCUAACACUCCCCCUCUCUGUAGGUGCUCCUGCAGCACUGAUGAACAAGCUGCAAGCUUUUAUCCCCAGUCAAAUUGACUGCUUGCUUCCACCGCAGGAACACCACUCUUUGCAAACUGCUGCUGACAAAUAGCGUGGGCAGCUGAAAUGUUUUCGAACAUGCUGUGACAUCACAGCAGUUUAGCCAGUGGCUGUGGAGUCUUAGAGGCGAGAACCGGGGAACGGUCAGAUUUUAGAAGCAGGGUAGAUAGAUUCAAGAUGGCUGUUCAUUAUCGUGACUCCACAGAGCUGCAGCGGAUUAUGCCGCAAAUCGGACCGCACUACAGGUUUGUUUGUUUUCCUUUUCGUAACCAGCUUCCUACAAAAGCUGCCUGGACCCUGAAUUCCUGAAGGCGAUUCCCAUCAUGAAAACGAGGAGUGGAAUGCAGGUAGGUCCAAGCCUUGCAAACCAAAUUCACACAGUUCAUCUGUUGUUUGUUGCAACCGUUUCCAUAUUAACUGUCUGAAACCAUAGUUCAACACAAACCCCCAGUGCUCCUUUGCCACCGAUGAGUCAAAAGCACCUCUACCUAAAAUCUUAAGAGUUGGCUUGCUGGAGCUGGUUGUUAAAGGCUUGAGCUCUGAGCAGCACUUCACUUUCAGGCAUUAAUGGUCCUCUUUGUAAGCAAAAGCUCUGUUCAAACCUGUAUGUUUGGAGGAUAUUAUUUGGAGAAGUUUUCACAGACAGUGGAGCUUCCUUCGUCCCAGCCAAGGUAAGAGUCAUUACCCACCGAGCAUUCCCUCUUAUAAACAAAAAGGUCCUUUGAAAAAGUAAAUAAAUAAAAUAGUUCCACCUCCUUACUGCUAAGGAAAGAAACCCACAGUGCACCCCAGUGCUGUUCAUUUAAUUCUACCGCACUUCCAUUAAAGACUCUUGUCACCAAUCAAUUAUCGGUUCUGGAGAAAGUAUUUUUGGUUGGGCCCAUGCCAGUGAGUGCUUUUUAGGGCCUGUUUUAUUUUUUAUUUUAUUUUUUAUUUAUUCAUUUUAAUUUUUAUUGAUACAACAAGAAAAAAGAAAAAAAACACAAAUACCAAAUUACACACAAGAAUAACCAUAGACACAUAAUUUUCUUAGCAAACAAUAAAACAUAUAUUGGUCUUAACACUAAAGACACAACCUCCCGUCUAUUCCAUAUUCCAUAUUUCAAUUUCAUAUUACUUAUUGCCAAUACACACUUUUAUCAUAAUUAAACUUAUUCUUAAUAAAUCUAAUUUCUUAUGUCUACCUUGCAACUAUUACUGAAGUUCCUCGAAUGCUGCAACAGAAUUUAAAUUACUAUAUUUAUUUUUCAGAUAUUCUUUGAAAACCUCCCAUUUUGAAACAAAUUCCUGUUUUGAUUUAUUCUUUAUUUUUUCUGAUAGACCAUCUAAUUCGGCAUAUUCUGUCAGCUUUUGGAUCCAGUCUUUUUUAUCUUUUUAUAUGCGAUGGCAGCAGCAAGAGUUUUGAUUGCAGCAAAAUGGAAGAGUAAUGAAAUCCCCUCUAUACAAGGUUUAGGGCCUGUUUUAAAACCAACCUGUUUUUUGUCCCUUCUCCGGCAGUUCUCCUGCGCCUCACCCAGCCACAGCAACCCGGAGAACGCCUACGAAGUCUGGGUGUGCAACAGCGACGGUUACGUCGGGCAGGUCUGCCUCCUCAGCGUCAAAAAGGAGCCCAUCGUUGAGGCCUGCAUCGCCGUCUGUUCUGCCAGGAUCCUCUGCAUCGCCUCUGUGCCGGGCCUCAAGCGAAGCUUCCGGUAAGGAAGUCGGCAGAAGAGGACUUUCCUGUGGGUGGUUUCACUUUUAGAACCUCUGCAGCAGCAAAGAGUCUCAUAGAAUCAUAGAGUUGGAAGAGACCACAAGGGCCAUCGAGUCCAACCCCCUGCCAAGCAGGAAACACCAUCAGAGCACUCCUGACAUAUGGUUGUCAAGCCUCUGCUUAAAGACCUCCAAAGAAGGAGACUCCACCACACUCCUCGGCAGCAAAUUCCACUGUCGAACAGCUCUUACUGUCAGGAAGUUCUUCCUAAUGUUUAGGUGGAAUCUUCUUUCUUGUAGUUUGGAUCCAUUGCUCCGUGUCCGCUUCUCUGGAGCAGCAGAAAACAACCUUUCUCCCUCCUCUAUGUGACAUCCUUUUAUAUAUUUGAACAUGGCUAUCAUAUCACCCCUUAACCUCCUCUUCUCCAGGGGCCAGUCUCGUGGCCCCUGGAAAGCGAACACAUUUGUUCAUGGCGUAAGCCAGCCUUUCUCGACCUUGGUUCCACAGGUGUUGUUAAAACUACAACUCCCAUCAUCCCUAGCUAACAGGACCAGUGGUCAGGGAUAGUGGGAGGUGUAGUCCAAGAACUUCUGGUUGAGAAGGGCUGGCUUGUAAGCUUUUGGGGGAUCCAGAACCCGCUUCUGUCAGAUAAACACGUGUGUGCUGGUCCCAAGGGCUAACCGUGCGGCGAGGUCCGAGUCCAGUCCGAGGUCAAGGGUGUGGUAUGGAGGCUGUCCGUCAAAGCUGAAGCAGGGUCCAAGGCCGGGAGUCAGGUGAGGUCAGGAACUCUGGCAGAAGAACAGGACAGGGUGCAGGCAGGAACAGGCUACCAACAAUGUUGCUCCUGCAACCUGGGACUGGGCUGGCUGGCUUUUAUCUGCCCAAGGCAUAGGGUGGCCCCGGUCCACAGGUGACUUGCCUCUCCUGGCCUGGAGGCGAGCACUCCUCCUGCGGGAACUUAGUUCCCUCCGCCUCUCUGCCCUGAGCCUCUGCAGCUCAGGAGAGGCUGGAGGGUGACCGGACCCAGAGGCAACCUCAGCUUCCCCUGACGGGGCUGAGAGUGGAGCACCUGCAGGCAAUGGGUCCUCCACCCCCAUCGUUCAGCCUGGACACUGAGGUCCAGCUCCAAGGGCCUUCUGGCGGUUCCCUCACUGACGGGGCUGAGAGUGGAGUACCUGCAGGCAAUGGGUCCUCCAUCACCUCAGGAGCCAGAGCAGACUCAGCUGAUGCCUGCACCUGAGGAUCCAGCACAGGUGAGAACCCUUCAGGCUCAAGCCCCAGCCCUGGCUCAGCUGGUCCUGGAGGCGGGGAAUCCUGUGCAGGCUGGGAUUCCUCAGGUUCAGCCUCUGAGUCCGAAUCCCAGGCCAUCACAACGUGGCUGGAAGCUAGGGAGAUGUGUCUUGCAGGAAGCUGCUGAAUUAGAAUUUAUUUAUUGUCUGUUUAUUGCAUUUCUAUUCUGCCUUUCCUGCAAGGAGAUCAAGGCGGCUGGCGUACAUCUCCUCCCUGUUUUAUCUUUACAGCAAUAACAACAACCUUAUGGAGUAGCUAGAUUAGGUUGAGAAGCAGUGACUGGCCCAAGGUCACCCAAUGAACUCCACGGCCGAGCAGGGAUUCGAACCCUGCUCUCCCAGGACCUAGUUCAACACAGUGGGGUCAGAACCUGUGCUUUGAAUAUCUGAAAGAUCAUGUCCUUUCCUACAGACCCUCUUGGGUGUUAAAAUAGGCAGAGGAGUUUUAGUAGUUCUGGCACCUUUGGAAAUGUGAUGGGGGGAGAGAUGUCCAGGACCCAGGAAAUGAUCCCUGCGUUGUAGGGGGUUGGACUAGAUGAGCCUCAGGGUCCCUUCCAACUCUGCAGUCCUAUGAUUCUAUUAAAGGGCAUUUAGUUCUGUGCUUCCUGGUUCCUGAAAGCAGCAAAUCCCCAACCUCUGCAGUUCUUGUCCCCUCUUAGGCUUCCAUCCUGGCAGCUCAUGUUUUGCUGCUCAGUGCAGAGAUGCAGCUUCUCUGUUUAUCUUUUUCCCAUGCCUUUUUGUUCUCUUCACGUCUCCACCCCCAUCAUUCAGCCUGGACACUGAGGUCCAGCUCUGAGGGCCUUCUGGCGGUUCGCUCCCUGAGAGAAGUGAAGUUACAGGGAACCAGGCAGAGGGCCUUCUCAGUGGUGGCACCCACCCUGUGGAACGCCCUCCCAGCAGAUGUCAAAGAGAACAACAACUACCAGACGUUUAGAAGACAUCUGAAGGCAGCCCUGUUUAGGGAAGCUGUUAAUGUUUAACAGACCACUGUAUUUUAUUUUUAUUUUUUUUAAAAAAAAUAUUGAUUUUCCAGAAUUUUUAAACAAACAAACAAACAUAAAUCUUAACUGUACUUAAUCCAAUCUUAGUAACAUUGUUAGGUGACUUCCUCAAAUCCCCCUGGUUGAGUUUCAGUGUAUAUCAUUGUAACAGUUUUUCCAAAACGAAGUUUCUCAUAAAAUUAACUUAAUCACUUAACAUCAUUCUUUCUUUUCAUUUUAACUUUAAACAUACUAUUCUCUAACAUCACAUAUUUAAAUCCUAAGCCUAUCUGGAAUUUGCAAGUUUUUUCUAAUUAAGUUAUCUUAGCAUGUUUAACUAAAUAGUCUUUGAAUUUCAUCGAUUCCUCCUGGUAGUCCUCCUCCUUCUGGUCGCAGACUCUUCGGGUGAGGUCGGCUAGCUCCGAAAACUCCAUCAUCUUCAUCUGCCAUUCCUCCACUGUUGGGACUUCUUGUGUCUUCCGCUUAUUAGUUAACAAAAUUCUAGCUGUAGUUGUGGCAUACAAAAACAAGCUAACAUCUUUCUUGGGCAAUUCCAGACCAAGAAGAAAGGUCUCUGGUUUCUUAGUAAAUGUAUAUUUCAGCCAGAUGGGCGGGGUAUAAAUAAUAAAUUAUUAUUAUAUUAUUAUCUUCCCAUCUCACGCUGCACCCAGGGAGCGCCCCGAAUCUCUGGCCAGCCCUUCCUCAGAACCGGUUCACACGUCGAUGGACGAGUCUGGCCCCCAGCAGUGCUUGCAUAUCUCCAUUUCCGGGUCUUCCCUGGAGCUCUCGGACCCCGUGGACGGCACCAACCGAGAACUGGUCCCCUUUGACAGCGACGACACGGAUGAUGAGUCCUCGCCGAGUCCUUCCGGCACGCUCCAGAGCCAAGCCAGCCACUCCACAAUAUCUUCCAGCUUCGGAAGUGAGUCGGACCAUUCGCACGGCAACGUUGAGGGACAGUAACUUGCCCCAAGCCAGCCAUGCCCCCUUCCCCAGGUGCCCUUCUGUUGCUGAGCAUAUUUUUGAACCCCAGCACCUCUCCUUUCCAAACCCAACUCUGCAUCUAUGCAGAGUGUCGUCCUAAGAAACAAUUCCUUUUUAGGAACGUCUCUUCGACUUCCUUGUGCAAGCUGGCAGAGUAGAAACAUUUAAGCACGUGAAUAGAUUGCCGUCGGCGUCUUCGUUUCUGAGAAACAGACGUUUUCAGAAGGCUGUAAAUGUCCCUGCCAUUGUUUUACACGGUAGCUGCUAUUGCUUGUUCAGCUCGCAAGUUCAGGAAUGGCAAUCAGUGUUUCUUUUACGUGGAAAAUAAUACGACAUCUUCCAAGCGAAAUGAGAGCCUCCCACUAAAUGUUAGUUGCUGUUAUUAUUAUUUUCCUUUUCUUCUUUCGGAAUAUGCCGUCAAUUCGGUGCAAUAGGCUCCUUGGUGCAGCUUGCAGCAAAAUAAACAAUGGCACCGCGCAGCAACAACAGUACGAGCUCUCUUUAAUAAAGCAGCCCUCCCCCAGCUUAUGAAGCCUUGCUGGCUGCUGCCAGUCAGAGCAGGAGCUCUGUUUGCCAGCUCCACGAUUGGGCUCCCCGGAUCCGGGCCCUUGCUUGUCACCCCACCCCAAAAGGCCUUGUUCCCAGAGCCUCGUUCUGCCCUCUAUUGACAGGAACCUGUUGGUGGUGGCUCCCCAAUCAGCCCUCGCCUUCAGUGGGCUCAGCAGGGUCUUCCAUGGCAGCAGAGCUGAGUGGAGGAAGACCCCCACCCAAUUCCGACCUCCUCCAGGAGUGCAGAUGGAGGGUUUUAGGGUCGUCCCCUAAAACACACUAUCUGCGGGCUUCUGCGGGAGGUGGGAGAAAUUCCCCCAUCUCCUAGAAAAGCCAGUAGAAGCCGCGCAGCCCCUUUAAAAAGCGCACGGCUUCUGCGGGAGGUGGGAAAUACUCCCAGAGCUUGUCGGGGGUGGUGGGUGAAGCCCGGGCUUUCCCCACCAGCCCCGAUAAGUUCCUGAGCAGCUCUGGGGUAGCCCGCGAAGCCUCCGCAGGGCAGCAGCGAGCCUUCAUCCCGCUGCCCUGCAGAGGCGCUCUUGGGGGCUUUUCCCCGAGGAGGGAGAAGGGCAGCCAGUCAGUGAUGGGCUGCCCUUCUCGCUCCUCGGGGAAAAGCCCCCAAGAGCCGCACACACAUUCCAUGUGGACUGUGAAAGGGAGCGCUGAGCAGAGUCUGGGAUGUCUACGGGCUCUGCUCAGCGCUCCCUUUAAAUAAUAUUUUUUUUCUUGAAUUCCCCCCCCUAAAAACUAGCUGCGCCCUAUAGUCCGGUGCGCCCUAUGGAGCGAAAAAUAGGGUAUAAAAGUCAUAGCAGAAAUUGGUAAUUGACCGGUGAUGCAUAGGGAAAAGCGAUGAGAUUUUGAAAUGCAAAUUAGAAAUGUUGUUGUACUGGGAGCGGCAAAGGAGGGAAGAAAAUAGAGGGAACACCUGGGGCUUGGGAAGUCAGUUUUUAAAUUUGUAUUAAUUUGGAACACAAUUUGUUAAGAAUUGUGGAAAAGCAAUAAAAAAUAAUUGGUAAAGAAAGAGAGAAAUUCCUCCAACAUAGUUCCAGCUUAACUAAAUACAGUGGUACCUCGGUUUAAGUACUUAAUUCGUUCCGGAGGUCUGUUCUUAACCUGAAGCACCACUUUAGCUAAUGGGACCUCCUGCUGCCGCUGCGCCGCCAGAGCCCGAUUUCUGUUCUCAUCCUGAAGCAAAGUUCUUAACCUGAAGCACUAUAUCUGGGUUAGCGGAGUGUGUAACCUGAAGCAUAUGUAACCUGAAGCAUAUGUAACCCGAGGCACCACUGUACUAACAGUCUAGAUUAGAUGUGCAUUUGGUAGCAAAGCUGACAAAUUGGGUUUAGAACUGAAAAUGAACUGUUAGGUUUCAAUGACCAAGCCAGGGGCCUUCCUUGACUUUGAAGGUUCCUUGCUAGUUCCCUUCGCCUCUCGUUUGCCAGAUGAGGAGAUCCCGAGCUCUAAAGACGCAACGGCCGAGACAACCAGCUCGGAAGAGGAGCAAGACCCUGCUGGCUUCCUUCCCAUUGCCACCACUUUUGCCCAGAACAGCGACAGCCCCAUGGACGGCCGGGCGUUGAGGCGGUCAAGUCGAGGGUCAUUCACCAGAGGCAGCCUGGAGGACCUUCUGAGCAUCGACCCAGAGGCCUAUCAGAGUUCCAUGUGGCUGGGGACAGAGGAUGGCUGGUAGGCAGACAGCGCCUUGAAAUCUUUUUAGACUUUUUUCUUUCUUUCUCCCUACAUAACAAGCUAAAACUUGUCUGCUCUCAGUGAGCUCCCUUAGCUACUGGUUUGGCUGCUGUGAUGUCAUGGAAUGUCGAAAGGCGUUCUGACACAGAGUGGGAAGGAUCUGUCAUCGAGUAUUGAAAGUCAAUGCUGUGUCUUUGGCAAAUCCAUAAGAUCUCUUUGGCCACAGGCCUGCAGCCAAGGGAGGCUAGAUCCCAGGAAUUUAUAUUGCAUUUUAAUGUUGUAUUUUAAUCUUGCUUUUUAAGUUGUAUUUCAAUCAAUUUGUUUUUAUAUCGGUUGUUAGCUGCCCUGAGCCCAAUCUUGGCUGGGGAGGGCGGGGUAUAAAUAAAAAAAAUUAUUAUUAUUAUUAUUAUUAUUAUUAUUAUUAUUAUUAUGUUUCAAAAGCAGAAUCUUUCUUCCUCUUUGGCUAUCACUUGUAGCCAAGUAAGAUUGUCUUCCAUGAACACGAUUUUAAGAGUGAGUCCAUAAGUGACUGUGAAGGCCAAUUCUGGAUCCACACGUACUUCCACAGUGGGGACAUAGGUUUCCGGGCAGGAGUUUGAUCACGGUGAGGGUUUGCCAAGCGUGUCUUCCUCUCAGCACGUUUCUCCCUUUUGUCCUGAGUUUGAGCGUCUUCAAAGCCCAUGACACCUUUGGUAAAGGCUGUUCUCCAACUGGAGCGCUCGCUGGCCAGUGUUUCCCAGUUGUUGGUGUUUAUACUACAUUUUUUAGAUUUGCCUUGAGAGAGUCUUUAAACCUCUUUUGUUGACCACCAGCAUUACGCUUUCCAUUUUUAAGUUCGGAAUAGAGUAGUUGCUUUGUUGUUGUUGUUGUUUAGUCGUUUUGUUGUGUCCGACUCUUCGUGACCCCAUGGACCAGAGCACGCCAGGCUCUCCUGUCUUCCACAGCCUCCCGCAGUUUGGUCAAACUCACGUUGGUAGCUUCGGGAACACUAUCCAACCAUCUCGUCCUCUGUCGUCCCCUUCUCUUUGUGCCCUCCAUCUUUCCCAACAUCAGGGUCUUUUCCAGGGAGUCUUCUCUUCUCAUGAGGUGGCCAAAGUAUUGGAGCCUCAGCUUCAGGGUCUGUCCUUCCAGUGAGCACCCCCCUGACUGAUUUCCUUCAGAAUGGAUCGGUUUGCUCUUCUUGGGACUCUCCAUGGGACUCUCAAGAGUCUCCUCCAGCACCAGAAUUCAGAAGCAUCAAUUCUUCGGCAAUCAGCCGGAAGAUGAUAAUCGGGCAACCGAACAACAUAACCAGUCCAAUGAAGUUGAUGUUGAAGAAUCAUCGCUUUGACACUGGUGAUCUUUGCUUCUUCCAGUACACCGGCAUUAGUUUGCUAAGUCAGCAAAGCACUGAUUUUUCUCCCUACAAACCAGCCAGAGUCUCAUGCCUGCUUCCAUUCUCCUUGAUUUGCAGCAUCCAUGUCUACCAGUCCUCAGACAACAUCCGCAACAGGAAGAAUAGCAUGAAGAUGCAACAUUCGGCCUCCGUGACGUGCAUUCUGUAAGUGGAGCUUCACGCAGGGUGUACUGAAAUGCAGAAUGUAUGAUAAGUGAGCACAGAAUCCAGCUUCUUGAGAAACCCAGCUUUCUUUUUAAAUCACCUUUUUAGACCACAGGGCGGAAAAUCUCUGUGUGAAACUGUUUUCAUAAAUUGCAAAAUCCAAAAGUGGCUGAAUACAAUUUUCAGUAGUGAGGCAAUGGGGGAAUUCAAGGUCCUUGCCCCACCCUCGACUAGCAAAAACCAGAACAAAUUAUUUUUAAAAAGCAGGAAAUGAGGAUGUUCAUAUUUAGUCAUGUGAGCCCUCACCUUCAAGAUGAAGGGGUACACCCCAGACGCAGGUCUUGCUAUGGCCUUCCUGUUCACCAUCAUUCACGUGACUUUGCUGCUUGGUUAAUCGUACCAAGAAGUACAUAUUGUACCGUAUUGGCCUGAAUAUAAGCCUCACUUUCCCCCCAAAUUCCGACUGUGAAAAGUUAAAGCGCUGCUUAAAUUUGUGACCUUACAAAAAUCGGCUUUUACGAUAUUGCUGCUAAAACAGACAUAUGGAACAGGUGUGAAUGCCUGUGGAAUUUUAAGGGAGCGACUUAUAUUCGGGUAUUGUCUUUUUCUUUUCUUUCCCCCCCCUUGAAUUUUAAAGGUGAGGCUUAUAUUCGGGUGCGGCUUAUAUCCGGGCCAAUACGGUAUUUACUCCUGCAAAACUAAGCAGUUGCUAAAAUGAUGGAGAUGAGGAAGCAUCUACUCCAAGGCAAUCUCGCCCUCCUCCCUCUAGCCUCAAACAGAGAUGGGUGGAAAACAUUUGCGAUGGCAUUUGCUCCCUGAUCUCAGAAUGACUAAGCUCUGAAUCAGUUAGUUCACAUGGGAAAUUAAUGCUUUUAAGCAAAAAGGUGUCCCACCAAUAUUAACUGCCAUUCAUGAUUAAAUUAGGAGUUGCUGUAUCAGUGUGGACAUGGGCGACCCUGAUUCUUGCUUAGCCCACAGAGGACCUUAAGGUCCACGAAUUACCAUAGUUUAGAGGUCCCGGGACCUAAAGAAGUCAGACUAUCCUCCACCAGGGCCAGGGCCUUUUCAGUGAUGGCUCCGCCCUGCUGGAAUGCUCUGUCCCAUGAGAUUAGGGCCCUUCAGGAUUUAACCUCCUUCUGUCGGGCCUGUAAGACAGAGCUAUUCCGCCUGGCCUUUAAUUUGAAUUCAGCUUGAUCUUUUAUUUCCCUUCCCUCCCCUUUUUAUGAAGAUCACCCGCUCUGAGACCCACAGCUAAUUCUCCCCUGGCCUCCUCGCUGGCCCAAGUAGGACCAAUUCAGCCAGCUAGCCCUGGUGACUAUCUAAUGCUCUAUUAGAUGGAUUUCCCCCAAAUUGAUUUCUGAACUUUGAAUUUUAUUGCUAUUCAUGUUUUUAUACUGUAUUUUAUGCUGCCUUUACAAUUAAGUGUUUUAAAUUUGUUGUUAGCCGCCCUGAGGCCGGUUUUUGAGCCGGGAAGGGCAGGAUAUAAAUAAAAAAAUAUUAUUAUUAUGCCACUCAUUUGAUUUCCAGCUUACGUUGUAAAGCCCAUUGCUUUUCCCCCACAGGUAUCUAGAUAACCAGGUGUUUGUAUCGCUGGCGAACGGAGAACUCGUUGCCUACCAGAGAGAAGCCGGUGAGUUAUUUGACCAUGAAGAUGCUUUCAGGAAGGCUCUAAUGCUGGAAACAUGGGCGGCUGUAGCAAAACACCUACCGUAUUUUUCGCUCCAUAAGACGCACUUUUUCCCUCCUAAAAAGUAAGGGGAAAUGUGUGUGUGUGUCUUACGGAGCGAAUGUAGGCUGCGCGGCUAUCCCAGAAGCCAGAACAGCGAGAGGGAUCGCUGCGCAGCCCUCCCUCUUGCUGUUCUAGCUUCUGGCUUAGCCCUUCUGUCCCUUCCCCCACCUCAUGGAAAAGCCCCCAAGAGCCGCGCUCCCUUACACGAGCCGCAUGGAGCGUGUGUGCGGCUCUUGGGGGCUUUUCCCCGAGGAGGGAGAAGGGCAGCCCAUGACGGCUCGUGAAAGGGAGCGCUGAGCAGAGCCUGGGAUGUAUACAGGUUCUGCUCAACGCUCCCUUUAAAGAAUAUUUUUUUCUUGCAUUCCCCCUCUAAAAACUACCAUAUUUUUCGCUCUAUAAGACGCACCAGACCACAAGACGCACCGAGGAAAACAAGAAAAAAAAUAUUCUGAAUCUCAGAAGCCAGAACAGCAAGAGGGAUCGCUGCGCAGUGAAAGCAGCAAUCCCUCUUGCUGUUCUGGCUUCUGGGAUAGCUGCGCAGCCUGCAUUCGCUCCAUAAGACGCACACACAUUUCCCCUUACUUUUUAGGAGGGGAAAAGUUAGUUGACUACCAAUUUACUACCAUUUUUUUUAACUCUGCUCAAAAUCAAGCUGUCACUGAAUCCAAAGAACCAUUAAAUAUGCCUGAACAUUUGACAAUAUCAGCUUUUAAAAAUCUAACAGUAGUGGCAUUCAGCUACUACUUACAUUAGAAUACAGGUCUCCCUACAAUCACAUUACCUAUACACAAUUCUGUACAGUUUUUAUACUGAAGCUAACAAUGAGCUGCACUCGACUUCACAUUCUUAGCAAAAUCAUUGACUUUUGAGCACAAAAUCUUUACAGCAGCUUUAUAACUUCACUCUUCGUCUUCAUCUUCCUCCUCCUCCUCAUCUUCCUCCUCUUAUAGAGCAAAAAAUUAGUUAGUCUUAUAGAGCAAAAAAUACGGUAGGUGCUUCUUAUGGUCAGGUCGUCUUAUGGAGCGAAAAAUACGGUACCCGGCCACAUGGCUGCAUAGGAGGAGCACUCAGUUGCUGUGACCCUCUGGGCCUUGAAAGUCACAGGCUUAGGGAGCAAGCAGUGACAAAAGGUUUAAAAACCUUUGUGCGAAUGCUCGCUGGAGCUCAUAGCGGUGCUUGGUGGGAGUAGCCCAUCCCCAGACACACUGUUGCUGUCUCAUAGCAACAGGGAGCGUUCCUCAGCACCAGGAAAAAUACACAAGGUGGUCACUCGCUCCCAUUUCACAGAAAUCGCCUGGAAGGUACAUACAUAUUUUGAACCGUAGCUUUAUUUCUAGGAGGGCUGCUAGAGACUUACUUUUAAAAAUAAAAUGAAAUGAAAGCUUGGAGUCUGGGGCUCCUGUAGAAGCUUCCAAGGGCACCCUGGCGCCCAUGGGCACUGGGUUGCCAAACCCUGCUUUAGAAUGAGCCGGCAGACCGGACUGGGUGGGAUAAUCACAUUUUGGAACGCCCCUCUAUGCCACAAACUUUCAGAUGGAAAACCAACGUAGCAGGUGAAGAGGCGAAAUGGCAUCUUUCUCCCUGGCGCGCUAGUUUUCUGUUGCAGGGAUUUUUCACGUGGAUGCGAACACAGAGCUGGAACCCACCAGCCAGAGUCCAAGGUGGUGCCGCCCUUUCUGCCUGCUCAGCGUUUUAUGACACUCCAUUCUCUUUUUUUAACAAAUAAUAAUUUUUAUUUGCUUUUAAAAGCGUAGAGUUACAACAAUACCAAGUAAAUACCCACAUUAAGAGAUUUCUCUGAAGCUCUAGACUUCCCACCAUCCCCUUCAUGUGUCCUAUUGUUGUCAUUUUCAGCUGCAUAUUAUUCCAUCCUCCAUAUUUUAAGUCUAUCCAUAUUAUCCAACGUAUUUGUUAAAAUCCUGCUAAUGUUUUCAUUUGCCUACAGUGGUUUCUUAAAUGAAUUAUAAAUAUUUCCCAUUCUUUCUUGGAACUUUUGUCGUCUUGGUCCCUGAGCCUUCCGGUCAGUUUUGCCAUUUUGGCGUAGUCCAACAGCUUAAUUUGCCAUUCCUCUCUGGUAGGGACUUUAUCUUCUUUCCAUCUCUGGGCUAACAGCAUCCCUUGCAUACAUGAAAAGUCUUUUCUGCUCCUUUAGAAUCUCAGUACCCUCCAUUCUCACCUUAUUUUCCGGCAUGUUUAAAUUCUGUGAAGGAGAAGAGAAACCUCUGACAUCUUAUUUCCCCUUCUUCCUUCUCUCUCUCUCUUUUCCAGGACGCUUUUGGGACUCUCAGAACUCCAAAUCCCUCUCUCUGGGUUCUCCCGGCAGCCCUGUGACCAAAAUGGUGGCCGUGGGUGGCAAACUUUGGUGCGGAUGCCAGAACCGUGUCGUCGUCCUUAGCACAUCUUCGUUGCAACAGGAGGUAUGGAGGAAACAAGGAGAGUCGUUUUUAAUUAGUUUUUUUCAAUCCUAUAAGGGAGCGACAAACGAACGCAACAUGUUUUAACAUGGUGUUGCUCCAAACUGGGCUCCUCCUCCCACAUUCCUAACAACAACGCCCCCCCCCCUUACGGUGGCUGUUUGUAGCCAAAAGUCUCUGCUUCCAUUGUUCCUGCACCCCUUAAUUUACACCAAAUUCUGGGAGAAGGGGGUUCAGAAAUACUCUCCAGUGACAACGUGUCAGCUGGCUGCCCUGUCACGAUUCCCACCCACCCACUUUCUUCUAACACGUCCCAACUCCUUUGUUUGUCUAUCUCUGUGCUGCAACCUCAAUAAUAAAUAAUAAAAAUAUUUUUUUAUUUGUAUCCCGCCCUCCCCGGCCAAAGCCGGGCUCAGAGUGGCUAACAACAAGUAAAAAUAGCACAGUGUACAUAAAAUCACACAGUCAAUUAAGUAAAAUACAUUUUAAAAUCAAUUCAGAAUCGAAUUAAUGACAACCAUUGGGUUAGAGUUCUAUGAGGUUUACAGGAGAGGGUCAGACUGUGCCUUGGCCAAAGGCCUAGUGGAACAGCUCUGUCUUGCAGGCCCUGCAGAAAAUGUCAAGUCCCACAGGGCCCUAGUCCCUUGUGACAGAGCAUUCCACCAGAUCGGGGCCACGACCGAAAAAGCCCUGGCUCUGGUUGAGGCCAGCCUAACCUCCCUAUGGCUCAAGAUCUCCAAUAUGUUUUUAUUUGAAGACCGUAAGGUCCUCCGUGGGACAUACCAGGAGAGGCGGUCCCGUAGGUACGAGGGUCCUAGGCCAUAUAGGGCUUUAAAGGUUAAAACCAGCACCUUGAACCUGAUCCUGUACUCCACUGGGAGCCAGUGCAGCUGGUAUAGCACCGUGUGAAUGUGAUCUCGCAGUGAAGACCCCGUAAGGAGUCUCGCCGCAGCAUUCUGCACCUGCUGGAGUUUCUGGGUCAGUCUCAAGGGCAGCCCCACAUAGAGUGAGUUACAGUAAAACGCGAGGUGACCGUCGCGUGGAUCACAGUGGCUAGGUCAGGGCAAGAGAGGUAAGGAGCCAACUGCUUAGCUUGGCGGAGAUGGAAAAAUGCCGCCUCUGUUAUAGCUGCAACCUGUGCCUCCAUAGAAAGGGAGGUGUCAAAGAUUACACCCAAACUCUUAAUGGACGGUGCUGGCACUAAUUGUGCCCCCGCAAGAGAUGGGAGUUGGCCCUCCAAUCCCAUAUCGUCUUUGAAGGAUUUCACUUCAGCCGGCUCCCACGUAACCAUCCAGCCACAGCUUCCAAACAUCUGGUCAGUGUGUCUGGGGCCGAGUCAGGAUGGCCAUCCAUCAACAGAUAGAGUUGGGUGUCAUCAGCAUACUGAUGGCAGCCCAGCCCAAAACUCCGGACAAGCUGGCCGAGGGGGCGCAUAAAGAUGCUGAAAAGCAUCGGGGAGAGUAUCGCACCCUGGGGCACUCCACACACCAAGUGGUGCAACAACAGUUCCCCCCCCCAAGCGCCACCCUCUGUCCCCGACCUGAAAGGAACGAGCGCAGCCAUUGAAGGGGUGUGCCCUGGAUCCCCACGUUGGCGAGGUGGUGGUCCAGAAGUUCGUGAUCGACCAUGUCGAAGGCUGCUGACAGGUCUAAAAGAAUCAGCAGCCCUGACCCGCCUCGAUCCAGCUGCCUGUGGAGAUCAUCUGUUAGGGUGACCAGAGCCGUCUCGGUCCCAUGACCAGCACGGAAGCUGGACUGGAAUGGAUCCAGAGCCGAUGUUUCAGCCAGAAAUCCACCAUGUUGUUCAGCAACCGCCUCAAAGCGGUUGUAAAUCAAACUGUAAAUCAAAUUGUAAAUCAAAACUGUAAAUCAAAUUGUAAAUCAAACUGUCUCCCUCUUCUCCUGCAGCGUCUUCUCCCUCUUCUCCUGCAGCGUCGGGAGAAAGGGGUGUGUGUGAUUCCCACCAGUCCUCCUCCUCAGUCUCGUCCUGUUGAGUCCAAUCCCUGACACUGGGUUGCCCCAUCUGCCCUUUGGGCGGCUUCCCACAGAAUAGAAAAAACACAGUGAAACAGCAAACAUGGACCACUUUGAGAUAAGCAGUGGUUCAAGGGGGACCCCAUUCCCUGGACCACAACUCCCCGCUAGCUGCCACCAUCUGAGGUCAGGUUUCUGCACUGGGGGGAAACCCUGGGAAAGGUGGUCCCCCCGUUCAGAGCGUCAGGGAUUCCCUCUGUUCCACACGGCUUCAGCCUGACCUCUUCUCUUCUCCAGCACUCCUUUCACGUCGGGCAAGACAGCAACCGCAGCCUCACCUGCAUGGUGAGCUCCUCAGCGGGGGUCUGGGUCACCCUUCAGGGCAGCGCCCAGGUGAGGCUCUACCACCCUUCCAGCUAUGACCAGCUGGCCGAAGUGGACGUCACGCCUCCGGUCCACAAGAUGUUGGCAGGUGAGAGACCCAGCGCUUUGGCAAGUCCUGAUGUCACAAUCUCAGGCAUGCAAGCCCGCUCCAAUCAGAAUUAAUGAGUCUCUGGCAGUUUUAGGGCAUGUUUAUUUACAAUUUACAUCCGUGCCUGCCACUCUCUGCUACUAGUUGGUCGCUCUGAGUUUCCGCCCCUUUCGCAGCACGAAGGGCGCCAAAGUCCUGAUGUCACAAUCUCAGGCAUGCAAGCACGCUCCGAUCAGAAUUAAUGAGUCUCUGGCAGUUUUAGGGCAUGUUUAUUUACAAUUUACAUCCGUGCCUGCCACUCUCUGCUACUAGUUGGUCGCUCUGAGUUUCCGCCCCUUUCGCAGCGCGAAGGGCGCCAAAGUCCAGUCCUUCCUCCCUUGUACUUCUGUUGCAUUUUAACCCUUUCAGGUCUUCUGGUUCGGGGAGAAGGUGGGUAGACAUCCCGCCCCCCGUUAUCAAAUGAAGAUCCCUCCAAACGCUACCACCCUCCUGGUUGCAUAGCAACACCCUCAAUGUCAUCUAUCUCCUCCCCUCCCUCUGCCUGCAAGCCUUCCAAGUUCUGCUCUAUCUGAGUCUGGGAACUCUGGAUGAAGGAGGGUCAAACUAACCCACUCCUGCUUUGUCUGCAUUUCCUCGUCUCCAGAGUCAGACUCUGGCUCCCUAUGGAACAGCAUUCCUUCAUCUCCAGAGUCAGCCUCUUCCCAGGCGUUCGAUUCGGCCACAUCUCUUGACACCUGAGAAUGACUUGGAGGCGCCCAGUUUUGUAAGACUCUGGCGAGAUGGAUGUAACUCGCAGACAGAGGUCGACUAAGGGUGACAUUUUCAUGGUCGGUGGGAAAUCCUGCUAGGUCCCCACCCCCAUGGCUAAUCGUGGUUUUGCCUUCCCCCUCUAGCACCAGGCGUGGAAAUAUAAGAAACUGUCCUAUAUUGAAUAAGACCAUUGGUCCUUUUGGCUCAGCCUUUCCCAAAGUGGACUCCCCGCAGAUGCUUCAGACUACAACUCCUGGUGGGAGUUAUAGUUUCCAAAACAUCUGGAGGGCACCAGCUUGGGGAAACAUGGUCUGUUUUGACUGGCAGUGGCUGGGCAGGGUUUCAAGAUAGCUUCAAGGUAGAUGUACCUUUCAGCUACAGAUUUUUGGCUCUUGAGGUGCGGUAAGUGUCUAAAAUAGGGUUCCCCAAACUUGGGUCUUCAGCUGCUUUUUUUGGACUACAACUCCCAUCAUCCCUAGCUACCAGGACCAGUAGUCAGGGAUGAUGGGAAUUGUAGUCCCAAAACGCCUGGAGACCCAGGUUUGGGAAACAUUGGUCUAGAAUAAACUCGGGGAGGGGGAGUUAUAGGAGCCAAAAACUGAACUGGGUUGAAGUCAGAAUGCCGUACAUUUGUGAAAAUAUCUCCUGGGUAGCCAACUAAAUGUAGCAGCUGAGAGCUAAGUAGAGCGUUGGGCUUAGAGCAAUCAGACCUGGGUUCAAAUUCCCACAUAGCCAUGGAAGUGUGUGACCUUAAGGCAGUCACUGUCUCCCAUCCUGGCCUACCUCGCAGGGAUAUUGUGAGGAGGGAAACCCCUUCUGCAGUCAUUUUGAGCUCCUUGUAUCUCUGAGGAUACUAAAGUGGUAGUCAGCCAAUCUCUGGUUGAGAUUUCGGGCGGGGGGGCAGCAUAAAGGAUGAGAAGAAAACCACCCAAACGAAACAAAAAAAGAGGAUAAUUUGAUUUUAUAACAUGGCACAGCCAACAUGUUUUGCCUUGUCGCAUUGUGCAGGAGGGAAAGGUGAGAUGACCGCAGGAACUAUAUUAAGAGCGCUGCAUUAAAAACCUUACAUAAGGUUAUUGCAUUAACAUUCUUAAUUUAGUCCUCGGUGUCAUCUUUGCCUGGAGAAGAUGACUCACCGAAACAUGAUGGGCACGGAACCUCGUAAAACAACAUUCCUGUCCUCCUGGCAUCAUUUUGAAUUUUUGCCUCCUAUAGUUCUUUUGGCUUCUCUCUUCAUCUUGGCUGUACAAGGUACCGUAUUUUUUGCUCUAUAAGACUCACUUUUCCCCUCCUAAAAAGUAAGGGGAAAUGUGUGUGCGUCUUAUGGAGCGAAUGCAGGCUGCGCAGCUAUCCCAGAAGCCAGAACAGCAAGAGGGAUUGCUGCUUUCACUGCGCAGCAAUCCCUCUUGCUGUUCUGGCUUCUGAGAUUCAGAAUAUUAUAUUCUUGUUUUCCUCCUCCAAAAACUAGAUGCGUCUUGUGGUCUGAUGCGUCUUAUAGAGCAAAAAAUACGGGUAAGUCAUCCAGGCAAACCUUUCAGCCUCCAUGCACACCCCAACAUAACACACAACACCCGAACAUAGACACCUGCAAUAUGAGAACACUUACACUAACCAGCAGGGAAUUCUAAGGAAUCUUCCCCCCUCCCCAUUAGAUUCUGUUGCCCCUCUCCUGCUUUCUCUUGGGGCAUCAGAACUGCCAGAUGAAUUGGGGGUGGGGGUGUUUUUUUGACAGGGGGGUUGUUUUGGAAUGACCCAAACCUUUGAGCCUCCUUCGUGAGUCAUUGCCACAUAUUUCUUCAAGAUCGUGUUGGUCAGAGGUUUGGGUAGGCGCCUUGAGUCAAUAAUAAUAAUAAUAAUAAUAAUAGUUUUAUUCUUUAUACCCUGCCCAUCUGGGUGGGUUUCCCCAGCCACUCUGGGUGGCUCCCAACAGAAUAUUAAAAACACAAUAAAACAUCAAACAUUAAAAACUUGCCCAAACAGGGUUGCCUUCAGAUGUCUUCUAAAAGUCAGGUGUUUAUUUCCUUGCCAUCUGAUGGGAGGGCGUUCCACAGGGCGGGUGCCACCACCGAGAAGGCCCUCUGCCUUGUUCCCUGUAACAUCACUUCUCACAUGGAGGGAACCGCCAGAGGGAACCCUUGGAGCUGGACCUCAGUGUCCGGGCUGAACGAUGGGGGUAGAGAUGCUAUAUAUGGGCCGAGGCCGUUUAGGGCUUUUAACGUCAGCACAAACACUUUGACUUGUGCUCAGAAACAUACUGGGAGCCAAUGCAGAUCUCUCAGGACCGGUGUUAUGUGGUCCCAGCGGUUACUCCCAGUCACCAGUCUAGCUGCUGCAUUCUGGAUUAGUUGUAGUUUCCGGAUCACUUUCGAAGGUAGCCCCACGUAGAGCGCAUUGCAGUAGUCCAAGCGGGAGAUAACCAGAGCAUGCACCACUCUGGCGAGACAGUCUGCGGGCAGGGAGGGUCUCAUCCUGCGUACCAGAUGGAGCUGGGAGACAGCCACCCUGGACCCAGAAUUGACCUGCGCCUCCAUGGAUAGCUGUGAGUCCAAAAUGGCUCCCAGGCUGCCCACCUGGUCUUUCAGGGGCACAGUUACCCCAUUCAGGACCAGGGAGUCCUCCACACCCGCCCACCUCCUGUCUCCCAAAAACACUACUUCUGUCCUGUCAGGAUUCAACCUCAUAUUGCAGGUGUGUAUGUUGGGGUGUUGUGUGUAUGUUGGGGUGUGCGUGAAGGCCGAAAGGUUUGCCUGGAUGACUUAACAGCCAAGAUAAAGACAGGGGAGAGGGCCCUUGAGAUCGAAUCCUGCUUUCUGGUUUCCCACUGCCAUCUGGCUGGCCGCUGUGAAAACAAGAUGCUGGGUUACGUGGACUGUUGGCCUGAUCCAGUAGGCUCUUCUUCCUUGCCUAUGCUCUACAGCCCUUUUCCCCAACUCCUUUUACCAUUGCAUGGUGUCACAAACUGGCUGGAGGACAAGGAACUCCCCCAGGGAAAGCCUCAAAGGAGGAAGGCUCAUUGCCCAGGGAAUGGUGGUGGACACAGAGGACAAGUCAGAGUGGGAAGGAGAGGAGGAAUGGAUGGCAACAGGCUUAGGUGAGCAAGAAGAGCCAGUGAAGAAAGACGUUCAGACUCAGAUGAUGAAGUUCAGAGGCUGCAGAGGCAUCCCAGGAGCUUGCCAUUCCUACUGCGUUAAGUUCCUGUCCCCUCUUGUAUCCGAGGCCACAGAGAGCUGUGUGUGUAGCAGAACAAAGAGCGCAGGUUCCCAGCAGCAGCAGCAGCAGCAGCGUAGUUUAAUGAUGAAUUUGGGGUAUAAUGGAGGUGUAAAAGAUUUGGAUUAUUAUAAAAGAUGCAGGAGGAAAUGAUUAAUAUAGGGCCCACAAAGGAGAAGAGGGAAGUCCAGGAGAUUCUUUGGAAUCUUGUUUUUAUGUUAUAUGUUGUAUGUUUGUGAUUAUAAAAAAAAUUAUUUUAAAAACCAUAUAUAUAUAUAUAUAUAUAUAUAUAUACACACACACACACACACACACACUUGAAAAACUGUAUAUAUAUAUAUAUAUAUACACACACACACACACACAUAUACACAGUGGACUCUUGGGUUGCGAACGAUUCGUGCGGGAGGCAUGUUCACAACCUGCAGCAUUCACAACCUGCAGCGCCACGUCUGCGCACGUCCGGGUUGCGAUUCAGCGCUUUGUAUAUGCGCAAAGCAUGAUUUAGCGCUUCUGCGCAUGCGCAACCGCCAAAACCCAGAAGUAACCCGUUCCGGUACUUCCGGGUUUCGGCGCGUCAUUCUCAUAUAUAUAUAUAUAUAUAUAUAUAUAUAUAUAUAUAUAUACAGCUUCCCACCACCAGAAGUGAAGUUUAAGGCUGCUUGGAGAACAUUUGACUGGGGAGAAGGAGACAUGGGGAAGUAGGAGGCAGGAAUCAUCAGUCCUAGCAACUGUUUCAUAGGGGCCAGUCCUGCAUAGGAGAUAUUCCUGCCCUUGUAGGCUGUUUCCUUGAAUAAAAAGUUAACUUUUCUGCUUGACCUUGCACCUUGAGUGCUGGCCUGUAUCUGAACCAACCUUGACACACGGUGAAAAAUGUAACGUCAGGUGGGUUGGAAUGGGGGAGAACUGCUUUACUAAUACAGGAAGCCAAGGACGACCUCAAUCUCAGAAACAAGAAGUAUCUCAUGAGUUCGUCUAAGGUGGCCUUUCCUAACCUGUAGCUGUCAACUGUCCCUUAUUUGGCGGGAAAGUCCCUUAUCCCAGCGCUGUGUCCCGCUGCUGUCCCUUAUUGAUGAUGCCCCUUAAAUUUCCCGGGUUUCAAAGGAAGCAGCUCCUCUCCCUCCCUCCCUGCCGGCCAGGGAGGAAGGAGGCUCCAACUGUGUUGCUUGGCUGCGUUGCUCACCCAAUAAGGAGUCUAAGAAUGGCUGGGGGGUGGAGCUUGCAUGCCUUGUGCCGAUCAAAUCGGCCGCGGUGCCUGGGGGCUCGCUUUUGCUCAGCGCUUCCCAGCGGAGAGGAGACUGUGGUUUUCCUUGCUGCAUCCCCUUUGCCGGGUUGCUGCGCUAUGGGAACCACCGCUUGAGGCUUUGUUUGGCUGCUGGCUGGGCUUUCUGCCUUUGGCUCGGAGGGGCUCAGAAGUUGAACAUACCUGUGUUUGGAAAAUCCCUUAUUUUGGCUGCUGAUCCCUUAUUUUCGAGGCUGCUGGUCCCUUAUUUUCAAAUCUGUAAGUUGACAGCUAUGGUUGCUACCCAGUGGGCAGUGCUGGCAGGGUGGGCUGGUGGCAGUUGUAGUCCAAACAAGGUUGGGGAAAGAACCAUCUAAGGACUCGCAUGAACCACUCGUCUUGGUUCGCAGGCUCAGAUGCCAUCAUCCGCCAGCACAAGGCCGCUUGCUUGAGGAUUACCGCCAUCCUGGCCUGCAAGGACCUGCUGUGGAUCGGCACCAGCGCUGGAGUGGUCCUGACUCUGCCCAUGAUGUCCAACGCCGCCUCCUUAAAGACCCCACCAUCGCCAGUGGGCCUCUCCCAGGGACACACAGGCCACGUCCGGUUCCUCACGUCCAUCGAGCUGCCGGAAGGUUUCGACAUCCUCUUUCCCCUGCCCAGGGAUCCAGGUGGGUUCAAGUAAGAUGAGGCAGAAGGGGCAGCCUGGGGUGACAGCUGCAUUGUGACAGCUGCGUUGCAGGGGGCUGCACUGGAUGAUAAUAAUAAUAAUAAUAAUAAUAAUAAUAAUAAUUUAUUUAUACCCCGUCCUCCCCAGCCAAGAGCGGGCUCAGGGCGGCUAACACCAAAUAUAAAACUAAUUGAUUGAAAUACAGCUUAAAAAACAAUAUUAACAUUAAAAAGCAGCCUCAUUUCAGUGGAAACGCAAUCAAAAAAAUUUUGGGGGAUAAAAACGUCAAGUCUUCACCAAGGCCAACUAUCUAGACUGGUCCUACAUGGGCCAGAAAAAAAGCCAGGGAAGUCCCCAAAUAGGAGUUCCAACACAGAAGGAGAAAGGAAAAAAGAAAGAGGGGGAGGGAAUCAAAUUGAUUCCAAUUUCUUAAUCAAAUUGAUUAAGAACAGUUUCAGGUUAAGAAUGGACCUCCAGAACGAAUUAAGUACUUAACCCGAGGUACCACUGUACAUCUAUGCAUACAUGCCUACAAAUCUACAUAGGGUGCAUAUUUUGUCCCGGUUGCAGAAUUUGGGUUAUGCAGGUGCAGAAAGUAAUAUGACUCACUCUCCUUCCCGCUUAUAGGUACAGAAAAGUCCAACGACUUGGAGAAACGGGACUCCACGAGGCACAGGCCACCGAAGUCCAAGAUGCUCAUCAUUAGCGGCGGCGACGGGUACGAGGACUUCCGGCUCACCAACAGCAGCGAGACAGUGGGGAGGGAUGAUAGCACAAACCACCUGCUCCUCUGGAGGGUCUGA